AUGAAGAUAAGGCUGUCUCUGGCAGCGGCUGCCUUCCUUGCAGUACUACUAUCCUCCGUCGAGGCCCAAGGUAAAGUUAUCCCUCAUCCGCCAUCCUUUCUUUCCUCCUCACCUCCAAUUCUUUCUACUGUUAAUUAAACACAACUGAAUGAAAAUGUGCAGACUCCCCGUCUCUCUCUCUCUCUCUCUCUCUCUCUCUCUCUCUCUCUCUCUCUCUCUCUCUCUCUCUCUCUCUCUCUCUCUCUCUCUCUCUCUCUCUCUCUCGUUCUCCCCCCAUCUCUCUUUCUCUGACUGUAGCUAAUGGUCUCGGUUCUUUAGCUCUUCAUGGUGAAAUGAAGAGCUAAAUACUUUCACCAAUACAUUUUAUUUUAUUUUAUUAAUAAAUGUUUGCUGAAAGAAAUGUCUACAUUAUUUGUAUCUCAUGUAGGCCUAUAGGCCUAUUUCGUCGGUAGACCUAUGGAUUCAUCGGUAGGCCUAUGGAUUCUUGUAUUUUUGUUGUGUUUGUAUAGGUUGGCUAUUUCAAAUGUCGUUUGAACACAUUUUGUCUGUCUAUUCAUUGUGACAGGUUGAAUUGACUCAAACAAGUAGUUUAGGGUAGGAUAUUGAAACAGUUUGAGGAAUGCAAAAUAAUAUUUUCCAAUCAAAAAGUGCGUUUAAAAUAAAAAAUUAAAAUCUAUAAGUUCAAAGUGGAACAGGCCCCAUCAUAGUGGUCUGGAAAUUAGUGACAGGCCGACUCACCUAAGCAUGGAUAGUUGCAGUGAAGUCUUUCUUACGCUAGGAGGGGCACUUGCUUGAUAUUUUUAAUAGGAAUUUCUGUCUUAGUUUCUCUAGUAUGCCUACAGUACCUCUCUGGGGAAGGGAAGAAUUUCAGCUGUACUAAAAUGAAGUAGCCUAAAGGAACAAGGUAAUGAUAAAGGAAGUAGUUAACGAUAAUGGAACUAGGUAAUGAUAAAGGAACUAGGCAAUGAUAAAAUAACUAGGUAAUGAUACAGGAACUAGGUAAUGAUAAAGAAACUAGGCAAUGAUAAUGAAACUAGGUAAUGAUAAAGGAACUAGGCACUGAUAAAGGAACUAGGCACUGAUAAAGGAACUAGGCACUGAUAAAGGAACUAGGUCAUGAUAAAGGAACUAGGUCAUGAUAAAGGAACUAGGUCAUGAUAAAGGAACUAGGUCAUGAUAGAGGAACUAGGUAAUGAUAAAGGAACUAGGUCAUGAUAGAGGAACUAGGUCAUGAUAAAGGAACUAGGUCAUGAUAAAGGAACUAGGUAAUGAUAAAGGAACUAGGUCAUGAUAGAGGAACUAGGUCAUGAUAAAGGAACUAGGUCAUGAUAGAGGAACUAGGUCAUGAUAGAGGAACUAGGUAAAAAAUGUUUUACCCAUAAGUGAUGUAUAGAUAAGCUAUAACCAUGAUGUAACAAUUUUUCCAAAUUAACCGAGAACUCGAUUGUAUGUCUCCACUUUAAUUUGGAGACAAACGUGGCUUGAAGCCAAUUGUCCUUCUCGUGUUCUUUUUUUCUCUGAUGAAACGGAAAGAGAAAAUAUGAGUGUCUCUAACAUUAUUUUCCAGAAACUGUUAGACUGAGAAAGAACAUUCUUCUGAAGCUCCCGAGACCAUAUAGACUGCAGAUUACAGAGGUCAAUCAGACUAUAAAAUGUAAAAUAUUCUGUUAGCAUAUCAUACUUUUUAAGAGAAGGCCUCUCUUUUGGUAUGUUCCAAAAUCUUGACCUACUUGGAGAAACCAUACAUGAAGAGAAAGAGUCAUAACAGCAACAAAACUAAAACACUUUUUAUCUUAUCAUUGACAUGAACUUGGUAACACUUUAUUUGGAUAGUCCAUCUGUAGAUGCUCUACAGACUAUCAGUAACAUUUAAAGUCUCUACUAACCCUUAUCCUAACCCUAACCUUAAUCCUUACCCUAACCCUUGUUCUAAACCUAACCCUAACCUUAAUCCUUACCCUAAACCUUAUUCUAAACCUAACCCUAACCUUAAUCCUUACCCUAAACCUUAUCCUAAACCUAACCCUAACCUUAAUCCUUACCUUAACCCUUAUCCUAAACCUAACCCUAACCUUAAUCCUUACCCUAAACCUUAUUCUAAACCUAACCCUAACCUUAAUCCUUACCCUAACCCUUGUUCUAAACCUAACCCUAACCUUAAUCCUUACCCUAAACCUUAUUCUAAACCUAACCCUAACCUUAAUCCUUAUCCUAACCCUUAUCCUAAACCUAACCCUAACCUUAAUCCUUACCCUAAACCUUAUUCUAAACCUAACCCUAACCUUAAUCCUUACCCUAACCCUUAUCCUAAACCUAACCCUAACCUUAAUCCUUACCCUAACCCGUAUUCUAACCCUAACCGUAAACUUGGCAAACAGUUGUUCAUCAACAAAUAAUCUGUUGAUGGACUGUUUGGACAAUCCAAAUAAAGUGUGACCAUGAACUUUUCGCUCAUCAUUGAGAUGAUGUGUGUGUGUUGUGUGUGGGUAUUUGGUAUUUUUUGGUGUUUUAUUAGGAUCCCCAUAAGCUGUUGCGAAAGCAGCAGCUACUCUUCCUGGGGUCCACACAAAAUAUGAAACAUGACAUAAUACAGAACAUUAAUAGACAAGAACAGCUCGAGGACAGAACUACAUAAAUAAAAAAAAGGCACACGUAGCCUACAUAUCAAUACAUACACACAAACUAUCUAGGUCAAAUAGGGGAAAGGCAUUGUGCCGUGAGUUGUUGCUUUAUCUGUUUUUUUAAACCAGGUUUGCUGUUCAUUUGAGCAAUAUGAGAUGGAAGGGAGUUCCAUGCAAUAAUGGCUCUAUAUAAUACUGUAUGCGUUCUUGAAUUUGUUCUGGAUUUGGGGACUGUGAAAAGACCCCUGGUGGCAUGUCUGGUGGGGUAAGUGUGUCAGAGCUGUGUGUAAGUUGACUGUGCAAACAAUUAGGAAUUUUCAACACAUUAAUGUUUCUUGUAAAAGGAAGUGAUGCAGUCAGCCUCUCCUCAACUCUUAGCCAAGAGAGACUGGCAUGCAUAAUACUAAUAUUAGCCCUCUGAUUACAAUGAAGAGCAAGACGUGCCACUCUGUUCUGGGCCAGCUGCAGCUUAACUAGGUCUUUCCUUGCAGCACUCUAACACACGACUGGACAAUAAUCAAGAUAAGACAAAACUAGAGCCUGCAGGACUUGCGUGCGCUUGCUUGUGGUAUGUGUGUGUGAGUUUGUGUUCAUAAGUGUUUUAAUUAAGAACUUCUUAAGGAGGACAAUGUGAGUAGUACUAUAUAGUUAUGAUGGGCCCAUUUGGAAACAGAGAAGGAGCAGACCAUGGCCCUUGAGUUGAUCUGCCAGGUUGGUGGUUCUCAUUUUUGAUAUCCUGUACUGGACAAGCUUCACUCAGGUCAAUUGCUAUGCAACUUUGCAUUCAAUUUGUCCCGAGACAUGGCUUUUCAACAAUAUUUUAGAAUGAUAUUCUUGAUCCCUACAGGCUUCCCUAUUUAAAAUACCCAUAUAGACUAUAAUCCUAUACUAACCCUGAUAUGCACCUCUAUGCACUGAUAGACUAUCUUGUUAAAGUUAAUCAACAAGCAGAUUUCAUAAUUCAUCACCGUUAACCACUACACAUACGGUAGUCUUAUUUACUUUACUUGUGGUUUUAGACGUUCUUUUUAGACAUUCUGUUAUUAUAAUAUAGGCUGCUUAAGACUUUACUCUUUAUAACACUCUUAGGCUAUUAUGACAAAAUAACGUUAAUUUACCCCAUCCCCCAAACAGACGAAUAUCAUUUAAAAAUAUUUCUCAAAUAUGUUCUCUGGUCCGUCUUGUACAUGGAAACUUUUGUCCGGUUCCAUAAGUUGUUACAAACAACUUUUCAUGUACAAGUGCAUGAUCUUCAGACAGUCCAUUCACUGUGACCAAUCACAUUUAUGGUUUGUUUGGCUUGUCUAUUUGAUUUGUUUUAAAAUUAAAUAAAUCCAUUGUGGAUUCUCACUACUUAGUACUAGAGAGGUUGGAAAAGAUGUACACAAGCGUCUUAAAGCACAUUGUGUAUUCUUUUAAGAGGUUUGCAAUGGAUGGGAGUCAUACACAUGGGUCAAUCAAAAGAAACAAUGUACUGAAGUCUAUGUAUGUCUGCAUGCAGGCCUUUACACAACCAUGGUAUACAAGGUAUGAGAAGACUCCAUUGUAAAAUCAAUGCCACAAGUUUUAUGGAAGGUGUAUGUUUUUGUCGGUCGACUCAGUUUAGGCAUGAGUUGGGUUGACCUUAUCAGCAUGCAAGAUGUUAGUUGGUCAAUGUAUAAAAAUAAAAAUAAAUUGUGCCCUUGGAUAUUUUCUUGCCACCUUUUGUCGUCUCGCCACUAUAUGUGCUUGAGUUGUUGACUGUGUUCGGACAAACAUGGCCGGACAGCUCAAACGAAUGUCAUUUUUCUCCAAAAUGGCUGCUCGAGUCUCAAAUGUUAUGUCUGUUGUCGUUAUUGUCACCUCUUGCUGUUUGCCCCAACAAUGAACAGGAUAACUUCAACCUUGAAGUGUUAAUCGUUGGGAUAUGAGCUACCUACACCUUGUGUUUGAUUAUAUAUACACUUAUUUAGCAAAUGCUGGAAUUAACAUUGGCUACUUUUUCUUUUCGCAGUUGAACCACCUUCAGACUUGAGAUUUAAGAUUUUAAAUGAGAACACAGUACAAAUGACAUGGAAAGCACCGUUAACACGGAUAGAGGGAUUCAGGAUACAGGUGGCCUCAGACACAGGUGUGUGGUCUGUAUUGCUGCAUCUCUCUCAACUUUACUGCCUUUACUGCAACAUUACCUGUGUAGUUUACAACAAGCAAUCACUGCCAUUGACACAACAAAACACCUCAAAUUACUGUUCUGACCAAUUCAUUAUGGGAUCCACCACAAUUAAACAUUUACUGCACUCAAAGCCUAAGAGUGCUAAGGUAUACGUUGCUAUAUUCAUUCUCUAUAACCCUUCAUUCCUAACUUGGUACUUUGUUAUUUCAAUAGACAAACCGACAAAAGAUUUAACCCUCCCUGCCACAGCCACUAAGACAUCCAUCACAGACCUCACUCCAGACAUGGACUAUGUAGUAACAAUCAUCUCAUACUCUGGAUCAGAGCAAAGUUUGCCCACCUCAGGACAGCUCACAAGUGAGUCACUUACCAUCACAUCUGGUAUAUGUAUUAUCUUAUGUAGACUACUGGUGAAUGAAGUGAGUCACUUAGCGAUACCCAGACACCCAGGUUGCGUCCAAAAUGGCACCAUAUUCCCUAUUGGCCCUGGUCAAAAGUAGUGCACUACAUAGGGAAUAGGGUGCCAUUUGGGACGCACCCCCAGCUUCUUAUUUAGUCUAAUGAUGAAUGAUUCAGACUGUAUAGAGAGAGGAAUAACAAUUCAUAGGUCCUAACAGGCAACCCCACCUCCCAAGUCUAACAGUGGUUAGAGUAUGCUGUAAUGUAAUAUGCACUGCUUCAUGGGGAAGCCUCUUUGGCACCGGCCCUUAGGUCUGAUGCUACAGUCCUAAGCAUCCCAUUUAGGGUCUUUAGAGAUUACUGAGAGAAUUGCCGGAACUAAUUGCAUUAGUCCAUUAUAAUUUGGGAACCGGCUGCUUGCCUGCUCGUUGUGACCGCAAGUGGAUUUGAUGUUAUUAAAGACACCCACAUCAAAUAAUUGAUGUAUACAUUUGACAAUAUGUUUAUUUAAAAAAUGUUUCAUGCUACUAGAUGAUUCAUUCACUCUCAUUAGGGAGUUGUGCUUAUGGUUAAGUACAGUAGUUUGUUUGACUCACGUUUUAUAUGAUUUCAUCUUGUGUUUCAGUCCAAUCAAGUGGCACAGUGCAAGGAGGUCCCAGGAAACCACAGGUCACAGACUCCGUCAGUAAGUCCAUCGCCUCCUUGGCUUUUUCUGACACUAAACAGUUCACAUUUUCCAGUUGGUUCAUAGGCUACAAUCUUUUUUAUUUCUCGUACUGCGCCUGGGCUCUUUCCAUUGGUGUAUGGUCAACAGCCAUUGGAGGGCGUUUCCACACGUUAUUCUAUAUAAAUCUAGAAAAAUAUUGGCAAUUAAGUUGGUAAGCUGCCUGUCAUAGAGCCAGGCUGUCAAUCAUGCCAAGUGAGGGAGUUUGCACAUGCUCAGUGUGGUGGUCAGGGGUGUGGAGCUAACAGCUGUUUCAGGAGGCAGGGCCUCUGGUGCUGGUGCUGAAGAGUACUGUAGCCUGCCCGGCCCUGAGACAGCCAGGCUGAGAGAAGUGGAAACCAUUACAGAUACAUCUCUUUACAAUAGCACUGUGGCCUCCCUACAGAUGAUGCGCGCUUACUGCUGCUUGGGAAAACUUCUCUCUCAGACUUUAUUCAUAUCCAGAAGACAGAGCUCGAAAAUAUCCUCCAGGGAAACCAAAGCUAUUCACUCACUGUACCUUACGUAGUGUUCCCAAAGGAGCACCUAUUGUGGCUCUGGUCAAAAGUAGUACACUACACAGGGAAUAGGCCGCCAUUUGGGACACACCCAAAGACUACCCACUAUGAGGGCUUCUAUCUCAAAGUACCACCCAAAUAGUUUGCACAAGUUAAGUACAUCAAUAAGAUUAUUGUCGACUGCACUAGAUCUGUUGAUGCCACUAUCCCUAACACCGUCCUCUGGUCUAGUGCAGGUGGUCUAUGUCCUCCAACCUGUUAAACAAAAGUCUGAUUUUGGUAGUGACAAUGGUAUUCUGUCAAAAAGGAUGGCAAUAACAUAAUAAUUAUCAUUGCAUUCAUUUUUCAUCAUCUUAGGGUCAUAUCUGAGCAUUUGCAUUAGCCAAUAAGACAUAUUUAAUUGAUAUUCCAUAGUUCCUGUGUAGUACACAAGUGUUAAGAGGGUAGUUUUCGUCAUACAAUAACGUUACGCAUUUAGCAAAGGGGGAAAAAUGCUGGACUGCAGUUUUUCCCCGGAGGCUACUUUUACUGUUCACUUUUGACCACAGAACUGCCUCAAUUCAUCGGGGCAUGGACUACAAGGUGUCGAAAGCGUUCCACAGGAAUGCUGGCCCAUGUUGACUACAAUGCUUCCCACAGUUGUGUCAAGUUGGCCUUUGGGUGGUGGACCAUUCUUGAUACACAUGCGAAACUGUUGAGUGUGAAAAACACAGCCCCAUUGCAGUUCUUGACACACUCAAACCGGUGCACCUGGCACUUACUACCAUACCCUGUUCAAAGGCACUUCAAUCUUUUGUCUUGCCCAUUCACCCUCUGAAUGGCACACAUACACAAUCCAUGUCUCAAUUGUCUCAAGGCUUCAAAAUCCUUCUUUAACCUGUCUCUUCCCCUUCAUCUAUACGGAUUGAAGUGGAGUUAACAAGUGACAUCAAUAAGGGAUCAUAGCUUUCACCUGGAUUCACCUGGUCAGUCUAUGUCAUGGAAAGAGCCGGUGUUCCUAAUGUUUUGUACACUCAGUAUAUAUUUGACCAACAGCACACUUUACGUUUUUCUUUGGUCAAUGAUAUGGCUUCUGGGACAACAUUUUGUCUUCAGGUCAAAUCAUUUACCUCUUCCAUUUUUCUAAAUUUCUUUAUUUUCCUUUCCCUUUCUCCUCCGCUCCUCUCCUCUACCACUCCUCCUCUCUCUCAGAGUGCUCUUUCAGUGCCAUCGCAGAUCUGGUGUUCCUGGUUGAUGGUUCAUGGAACGUUGGAAGAGACCACUUUAAAUACAUCCGUAGCUUCAUCUCUACCAUGGUGGGAGCCUUUGAGAUUGGGGAGGACAAGACCAGGGUAGGUGUGGUCCAGUACCAUACUGAUACCAGGACAGAGUUUAACCUCAACCAGCACAUGAAACGGGGCGAACUUCUCAGAGCCAUCAACACACUGCCUUACAUGGGUGGCAACACCAUGACAGGUACCUAACACGUCCCAUGUACAGUACCUUGUUACACACUCUUGUACAAUACAUCAUCAUAUCAUUACCUCUAGCAUAAUACUAACUGACAAAGCUGUAGUUCUUCAUUAAUAACUCUCUGCGUUUGGUAGAGUGAAUCAAAUUAACAAUGUAAUAACUGAAAGGGGUGUCAUGCCACUGUGUUAUAGGUGAGGCCAUGGACUAUCUGCUGAAAAACACAUUCACUGAGGCAAAUGGUGCCAGGAAAGGCUUUCCCAAGGUGGCCAUGAUUAUCACAGACGGGAUGUCUCAAGACCCUGUGGAAGCGAUCGCCAAGAAACUCAAGAACAUGGGGGUGGAGAUCUUCACAUUGGGUAUGUGACUACAGGCUACCUUUCAAUCAUCUAACCCUGUUGAUGUGUUACAUUUAAGCAAUAAGGCCAGAGGAGGUGUGGUAUAUGGCCAAUAUACCACGGCUAAUGCUGGCAUUAAGAUUGCACUCAAUGAGCUGUAUAAGGCCAUAAGUAAACAGGAAAACGCUCAUCCAGAGGCAGCGCUCCUAGUGGCCGGGGACUUUAAUUCAGGGAAACUUAAAUCCGUUCUAACUAAUUUCUACCAGCAUGUUAAAUGUGCAACCAGAGGGAAAAAAAACUCUAGUCCACCUUUACUCCACACACAGAGACACAUACAAAGCUCUCCCUCGCCCUCCAUUUGGCAAAUCUGAUCAUAACUCUAUCCUCCUGAUUCCUGCUUAUAAGCAAAAACUAAAGCAGGAAGCACCAGUGACUCGGUUUAUAAAAAAGUGGUCAGAGGACGCAGAUGCUAAGCUACAGGACUGUUUUGCUAGCACAGACUGGAAUAUGUUCCGGGAUUCUUCAGAUAGCAUUGAGGAGUACACCACAUCAGUCACUGGCUUCAUCAAUAAAUGCAUCGAUGAUGUCGUCCCCACAGUGACCGUACAUACAUACUCCAACCUGAAGCCAUGGAUUACAGGCAACAUCCGCACUGAGCUAAAGGCUAGAGCUGCCACUUUCAAGGAGCGGGACUCUAACCCAGACGUUUAUAAGAAAUCCCGCUAUGCCCUCCGACGAACCAUCAAACAGGCAAAGAGUCAAUACCGGACUAAGAUUGAAUCGUACUACACCAGCUCUGACACUUUUCGGAUGUGGCAGGGCUUGAAAACUAUUACAGACUACAAAGGGAAGCACAGCUGCGAGCUUCCCAGUGACACAAGCCUACCAGACGAGCUAAAUCACUUCUAUGCUCGCUUCGAGGCAAGCAACACUGAAGCAUGCAUGAGAGCACCAGCUGUUCCGGGAGACUAUGUGAUCACGCUCUCCGUAGCCGAUGCGAGUAAGACUUUUAAGCAGGUCAACAUUCACAAGGCCGCAGGGCCAGACGGAUUACCAGGACGUGUACUCUGAGCAUGUGCUGACCAACUGGCAAGUGUCUUCACUGACAUUUUCAACAUGUCCCUGACUGAGUCUGUAAUACCAACAUGUUUCAAGCAGACCACCAUAGUCCCUGUGCCCAAGGACACUAAGAUAACCUGCCUAAAUGACUACUGACCCAUAGAACUCACGUCUGUAGCCAUGAAGUGCUUUGAAAGGCUGGUCAUGGCUCACAUCAACACCAUUAUCCCAGAAACCCUAGACCCACUCCAACUCCCAACAAAUCCACAGAUGAUGCAAUCUCUAUUGCACUCCACACUGCCCUUUCCCACCUGGACAAGAGGAACACCUACGUGAGAAUGCUGUUCAUUGACUACAGCUCAGCGUUCAACACCAUAGUGCCCUCAAAGCUCAUCACUAAGCUAAGGAUCCUGGGACUAAACACCUCCUUCUGCAACUGGAUCCUGGACUUCCUGAUGGGCCACCCCCAGGUGGUAAGGGUAGGUAACAACACAUUUGCCACGCUGAUCCUCAACACAGGGCCCCUCAGGGGUGCGUGCUCCGUCCCCUCCUGUACUCCCUGUUCACCCAUGACUGCAUGGCCAGGCACGACUCCAACACCAUCAUUAAGUUUGCUGAUGACACAACAGUGGUAGGCCUGAUCACCAACAAUGAUGAGACAGCCUAUAGGGAGGAGGUCCGAGACCUGGCCGUGUGGUGCCAGGAUAACAACCUCUCCCUCAACGUGAUCAAGACAAAGGAGAUGAUUGACGACUACAGGAAAAAAAAGAGGACUGAGCACGCCCCCAUUCUCAUCGACGGGGUUGUAGUGGAACAGGUUGAGAGCUUCAAGUUCCUUGGUGUCCACAUCACCAACAAACUAUCAUGGUCCAAACACACCAAGACAGUCGUGAAGAGGGCACGACAAAGCCUAUUCCCCCUCAGGAGACUGAAAAGAUUUGGCAUGGGUCCUCAGAUCCUCAAAAAGGUCUACAGCUGCACCAUCGAGAGCAUCCUGACUGGUUGCAUCACCACCUGGCAUGGCAACUGCUUGGCCUCCGACCGCAAGGCACUACAGAGGGUAGUGCGUACGGCCCAGUACAUCACUGGGGCCAAGCUUCCUGCCAUCCAGGACCUCUAUACCAGGCGGUGUCAGAGGAAGGCCCUCAAAAUUGUCAAAGACUCCAGCCACCCUAGUCAUAGACUGUUUUCUCUGCUACCGCAGGGCAAGCGGUUCCGGAGCGCCAAGUCUAGGUCCAAAAGGCUUCUCAACAGCUUCUACCCCCAAGCCAUAAGACUCCUGAACAGCUAAUCAUGGCCACCCUGACUAUUUGCAAUGCCCCCACCCCCACCCCCCUCUUUUACACUGCUGCUACUCUGUUUAUUAUUAAUGCAUAGUCACUUUAUCUCUACCCACAUGUACAGUGAGGGAAAAAAGUAUUUGAUCCCCUGCUGAUUUUGUACGUUUGUCCACUGACAAAGAAAUGAUCAGUCUAUAAUUUUAAUGGUAGGUUUAUUUGAACAGUGAGAGACAGAAUAACAACAACAAAAUCCAGAAAAACGCAUGUCAAAAAUUUUAUAAAUUGAUUUGCAUUUUAAUGAGGGAAAUAAGUAUUUGACCCCCUCUCAAUCAGAAAGAUUUCUGGCUCCCAGGUGUCUUUUAUACAGGUAACGAGCUGAGAUUAGGAGCACACUCUUAAAGGGAGUGCUCCUAAUCUCAGUUUGUUACCUGUAUAAAAGACACCUGUCCACAGAAGCAAUCAAUCAAUCAGAUUCCAAACUCUCCACCAUGGCCAAGACCAAAGAGCUCUCCAAGGAUGUUAGGGACAAGAUUGUAGACCUACACAAGGUUGGAAUAGGCUACAAGACCAUUGCCAAGCAGCUUGGUGAGAAGGAUGACAACAGUUGGUGCGAUUAUUCGCAAAUGGAAGAAACACAAAAGAACUGUCAAUCUCCCUCGGCCUGGGGCUCCAUGCAAGAUCUCACCUCAUGGUGUUGCAAUAAUCAUGAGAACGGUGAGGAAAGCCCAGAACUACAUGGGAGGAUCUUGUCAAUGAUCUCAAGGCAGCUGGGACCAUAGUCACCAAGAAAACAAUUGGUAACACACUACGCCGUGAAGGACUGAAAUCCUGCAGUGCCCGCAAGGUCCCCCUGCUCAAGAAAGCACAUAUACAGGCCCGUCUGAAGUUUGCCAAUGAACAUCUGAAUGAUUCAGAGGAGAACUGGGUGAAAGUGUUGUGGUCAGAUGAGACCAAAAUCGAGCUCUUUGGCAUCAAUUCAACUCGCCAUGUUUGGAGGAGGAGGAAUGCUGUCUAUGACCCCAAGAACACCAUUCCCAACGUCAAACAUGGAGGUGGAAACAUUAUGCUUUGGGGGUGUUUUUCUGCUAAGGGGACAGGACAACUUCACCGCAUCAAAGGGACGAUGGACGGGGCCAUGUACCGUCAAAUCUUGGGUGAGAACCUCCUUCCCUCAGCCAGGUCAUUGAAAAUGGGUCGUGGAUGGGCAUUCCAGCAUGACAAUGACCCAAAACACACGGCCAAUGCAACAAAGGAGUGGCUCAAGAAGAAGCACAUUAAGGUCCUGGAGUGGAAAAUCUGUGGAGGUAGCUGAACGUUCGAGUUGCCAAACGUCAGCCUCGAAACCUUAAUGACUUGGAGAAGAUCUGCAAAGAGGAGUGGGACAAAAUCCCUCCUGAGAUGUGUGCAAACCUGGUGUCCAACUACAAGAAACGUCUGACCUCUGUGAUUGCCAACAAGGGUUUUGCCACCAAGUACUAAGUCAUGUUUUGCAGAGGGGUCAAAUACUUAUUUCCCUCAUUAAAAUGCAAAUCAAUUGAUAACAUUUUUGACAUGCAUUCUUCUGGAUUUUUUGUUGUUGCUAUUCUGUCUCUCACUGUUCAAAUAAACCUACCUUUAAAAUUAUAGACUGAUCAUGUCUUUGUCAGUGGGCAAACGUACAAAAUCAGCAGGGGAUCAAAUACUUUUUUCCCUCACUGUACUUAUUACCUCAAUUACCUCGACUAGCCAGUGCCCCCGCACAUUGACUCUGCACCGGUACCCCCCUGUAUAUAGCCUCCCUACUGUUAUUUUAUUUUACUGCUGCUCUUUAGUUAUAUAUAUAUAUAUAUAUAUAUAUAUAUAUAUUUUUUUUUACUUAACACUUUAAAAAAAAAGAAUCUUUAAAAAAUGCAUUGUUGGUUAAGGGCUUGUAAGUAAGCAUUUCACUGUAAUGUAAUACAACACCUGUUGUAUUUGGCGCUUGUGGCAAAUAACAUUUGAUUUGAUAAGGGCUGUUCUUAUGCGCGACGCAACGCGGAGUGCCUUGACACAGCCCUUACCUGUGGUAUAUUGGCUAUAUACCACAAACCCCCAAGGUGCCUUAUUGCUAUUUAAACUGGUUACCGUAUUUACAGCAGUACAAUUAUUUGUUUUGUCAUACCCAUGGUAUACGGUCUGAUAUACCACAGCUGUCAACCAAUCAGCAUUCAGGGCUCGAACCACCCAGUUUGUAAAUACUAAUAAUCCUGUCUAUAUGUAUUCUAUAGUCAUGAGAGUAAGUUGAAGUAUUCAUAUCACAAAGGAAAGGAAGAAAACAAAGAAACUUACCAGCUAGAAUGGUAUCACAUGGGUUUUCAACAUUUUGCCCAUGUUGUCAUUCUUUCCAGCUAAAGUCAUGACAUCGCUAUAUGUUCCAUAGUGAAUCCAGCUGGUUCUUCUUAAAUGUGGAAAAGAAGGAGAGACCUCCUGCUUAAUUUCAUAUAUUUAUAGAUCACUUGUUUUACUCAGCAUUUAUAGCUCUCGAACCUGAGAAACUAUGCAACAAUUCUAAAUAAUUUUCAUGUGCCGCCAUUGACUUUAUAGGGAUGACUUUAUUGGGGCUUUAUAGGUGUUGACUCUUAUCUAUGAAUGAGUAAACCUUCUGAAAGGGGCAGGAGAUCAGAAUUACAAUGGGGAUAUGGAACAUUUCCCUCAGCUUUUAUGAGACCAUAUACAUUUUACACCACUUUUUUGGUUCUUUGUCCAAUUUAGGGAUCAAAGGAGCAGAUGAGGAGGAGCUGAAACAAAUGGCUUCGACCCCCUACAGGACCCACGUCUAUAACGUCCUCAACUUUGACCUUAUCAAGGAUGUGCAGAAAGAGCUCAUUACCAAUGUGUGCUCGGGGGUGGAUGAUCAACUCAACUCGCUCGUCAGUGGAGAGGAAGGUAAAUGCAGUUUUACGACUUGAAUGUUGGAAGUGGUUUUGGCAUGGAUAACUUCGAAGAUGGAUGAUCAAAACAUUUCCAUCUGGGGAGAGGAGGAUUAUUUUCUAACAAACUUCUGUCUUGAUUUUGUUUUGGGGGUUGUUUAUUUACAGUUAUUGAACCAGCAUCAAACCUCCAAGUAGUAGAGGUGGCCUCCAAGUCUAUGAGGGUGACAUGGGACGCUUCCUUUGGAGACGUGUCGGGUUACAAGAUCCAGCUGAUCCCCAUGAUGGCCGGCAGCAAGCGCCAGGAGCUAUACGUAAGCCCCAGCCAGACCUCAGCGACAGUUAUGGGCCUUUCUCCAGACACAGAGUACCAGAUCAACCUGUUUGCCCUCAAGGGCCUCAUGCCCAGCGAGCCCAUCAUGGCCAUGGAGAAGACUGAGCCAGUCAAGGUGUCCCUUGGUGAGUAUACUCUACAAAAAUACAUCCUUUGGUCUUUUAGUAAAGAAUAUGUCAGUCAUUGUUAUAGUCAUUCAGUGUAUGAUUUUGUCAUGACAUGACAGAUGUUUUUGUGUCCUCUUCUAGAAUGUUCUCUUGGAGUGGACGUGCAAGCCGACGUUGUCAUUCUGGUCGACGGCUCAUACAGUAUCGGACUGUCCAACUUCGCUAAAGUCAGAUCUUUCCUGGAGGUGCUGGUGAACUCCUUUGACAUUGGACCAGACAAGAUUCAGAUCAGCUUGGUUCAGUACAGCAGGGACGCUCACACUGAGUUCUACCUGAACACCCACCGCGACCUGAGCGCUGUGGUCAAGGCGGUCCGGACUUUCCCCUACCGCGGCGGCUCCACCAACACCGGCCGGGCCAUGACCUACGUCAGGGAGAAGGUCUUCUUAGCUAACCGAGGAUCACGGCCGAACGUGCCCCGCGUCACCAUCCUCAUCACAGACGGGAAGUCAUCCGACUCCUUCAAGGACCCGGCCACCAAGCUAAAGAAAGCGGACGUGGAGAUCUUUGCCGUGGGCGUGAAGGAUGCCGUGAGGUCUGAGCUGGAAGCCAUUGCUAACGAGCCCGUGGAGACCCAUGUGUACACCGUGGAGGACUUUGAUGCUUUCCAGAGGAUCUCCAAGGAGCUCACCCAGUCCAUCUGCCUGAGGAUCGAGCAGGAGCUCCUCAACAUCAAGAAGAGAAGUGAGUAGUACCCUCUCUAUAUCAGCAUGAUGGGGCCAUUGUUGUUAGUCAGUAAACCCUCGCCAAGUGUACUCAAGUCAAGCUAAUAGUGAUGCAAUAAAGAAAUUAUAGAGUUACAUAUCGGGAUACAUUUUUUUACAAUAUAUCGUAUCGUAUUGUUUUGACAAUAUCGCAAUAUUAUUUUUGCGCUAGUUGGCUCUACCUGCACCAAAACUUGUUCUCCAUCUUCUUUUUAAAUAGGGAGCUAAUUUGUUUUCAGCACUUAUUUCCAUGACUGAUCAGAACUUGUUUUCUCAUGACUGUCUCUUGUCCCUCUGCAGCAGACAUAUGGUGAACAAUAUGUUUGGAACACUUAAUCACAAUAAAUUCACAGUAUCGGAUCGCAAUACAUAUAGAAUCAUGAGAAUCGUGAAAAUCGCAAUACAUAUCGUAUAGUGAUAAUAUCGUAUCGUGACGUCCCUGGCAAUUCCCAGCCCUACAAGCUAAUGGUUUACACAGGAAGUAAGUGAAAUUCCUUAGCCAAUGAGAAUAUCUUGCAAACAAUAAAUAUUGGGGACAUUUGUGCAUGCCAUAGAUUCUCAUAGUAGAUAAUGGCCCAGCGCCCAAUCUUACCGAAGUCUAAGAUGUUUAUGGAAGUGACCUAGAUAAAGUAUUUUUGCAAUACUAAAGUAAGUGCUAGCAUUCUUUGAAUUACAGUAGGCAAUGUAUCUUGUUCCUUAUGAUUCAUAUGCCAACCUAUUUACACCAGGGUGGGAUACACUGUAUAUUAACAGAUGAAUGUAAAGUUUCCACCUGGCACAGUAUCACACAGCUCCAUAUGGCAGUAGGCAAUGAGAAGGUUUCUAAUGUAUAACUUACAUCCAAAACAUUGGUCAGUUUUCAGGUCUUUGAUUUCUUGAUUUUGAACAAAUAACCAUGUUUUGAAAUAUCAUAUACUUGGCUCAUUUGAUGAAUUAUGGCAGAAUCUUUCACCUUUAAAUUGUGCUUUUUUUACACGGUAUUAGUCAAUCAAAUUUUUAUCAACUGCUCCUUUUUGGACAAUUCUCCACUCUACCUUGGUCUUGAUGGUCCUUGAACUGAGAAAUAGAAGAUAAAAUACUAUGAGUGUAUACAGCAUAUGCUUGCAAUUACUUCUGUUGUGUCACAAUACCCUUUUCCAAAGUUGUCGUCUUCUGUUUAGCAAUGUGUUACACACAACCUCUUGCUCUCUCAGGGUUAGUAAGAGGACUCCCAUGUGGAAAUAUAAUGCCAAAUAUUAGUCACCACGCAGUACAUGGCUGAAAGGCAUUCAGCUCUGCCAGUAUAUUGUGCAACUCACACAAGGUUUGAUUACCCGUGAUAUAAUCCUUAUAUAAUAAUCUAUUAUGACAUCAUUUACAUUUUACAUUUUAGUCAUUUAGCAGACGCUCUUAUCCAGAGCAACUUACAGUUAGUGAGUGCAACAUGGAGUACCAUAAACAUAGAAAACAAUACAGGGAUUUUCACUAAUGGAAUAUAGAUCGUGUUUGAGUGUUAUUGAGGUUCCGUCCCAAAUGGCACCCUUUUCCCUAUACAGGCCACUACUUUUGACCAGAGCCCUAUGGGGUGCAAAUAUGGACACAGGAAUUAAAGUGGCAUUUGGGACGCAUCCUGGAUGUUGUGACCUAAUGUUUAGUCAUCUUCUAUCUCCUCAAGGCUUACUGCCACCGAGGUCAUUAACGUUCUCUGAGGUGGCUGCCAGGAGCUUCAGAGCUACCUGGGAGAACGAUGACCUCAACGUCCUGUCCUACCUGAUCCAGUUCAGACCGGCUGCUGACACCAACGGGGACUUUGUGUCCAUGUCCGUGCCAGGGGACACGUUCACCGCUCUGCUGCCUCACCUCACGCCCGUCACCCUCUACGAGGUCAGCGUCUUCGCCCAGUACGCCCAAGGAGCCAGCUUCCCUCUGAAUGGAUUCGAGACCACACUAGAUGGUCAGUACCAUCAGACCAACAGAUACCAACAGAGAAAUAUUUUGAUGCCAAUGCCAUAACUUCUGUUUUAAUAUUUGUAUGACCUCUAACCCCAAUAUCUUUGUCAUAGAACAAGGACCAGUGCGUAACCUGAGGGUUUCCGAGGAAACGACAGAGAGUUUCCGGGUGUCGUGGGAGGCGGCACCAGGAGCGGUGGUACGGUACCGUCUGACCUAUGUACCAGUCAGGGGCGACAGCGCGAGACUAGAGAAGGCCACCGUCGGCCAAGAGACCACCAUCGUGUUGCCAGAGCUCAACCCCUUAACGACGUACCGUGUGACGGUGGCUGCAGAGUACCAGUCAGGCACUGGCGGAGAGAGGCAGAUCGAUGGCACCACCAAAGAAGGUGACUAGGCAUCUGCUUAUGUAACAGUCACACUGUGCUUGCUUAAAGGGAUAGUUCAGGAUUUUGGCAAUGAGGCCCUUUAUCUACUUCCUCAGAGUCAUAUGAAUUUGUGGAUACCAUUUUUAUGUAUCUGGGUUUAGUUUGAAGAAAGUUGCUAACUAGCAUUAGCCCGAUUGCUAACAAACAUGACCGCCCGCUUGACAACUUCUUAGACAAUUACGCUAGCUAUUUGAUACAUUUCAAGCUGGGGAGUGAUGCUACGAAUCAAACUCGGUUACACUUAGCAUCAAGGGGUGUGAACAUGGAUGCCUAUUGCUUCAAACCAGUGAUACUUUUUUCGACUUUAUGUUCUACAGAGCUAAUAUUCCACCCAAUCUUACUAUGUCAUAAUAUUUUGUCGGGAAGUCAAUGGAAGAAAUCACAAAGGGGUUGGCCUCUAAGGAGGUAUUUUUCGAUACAUACCAGAGGUCUCUGAUUAUUUGUGGUGAACUGUUGCUCAGUAAUGCAGGAGUUUACAGCGCUGGAGCCAAAGGAGCAAGGGAGGCUGACGGAAAAAUAAAAAUAAAAAGUUACUCCUAUUCACCACGGCAACCACACUCUUCUCAGUGAUUAUCAGCACUCAAAGCAGUUCCAGCUCCUUUAAAUGAAGCAGCUGUUUAAAGGAUAGAACGUAUCCCAGCCUGUGGCUCUUUGGCAUCCAGCACCCAGCUGACAUUCCUCAAUCUUCUUUUCAAUGAUACCCUUGUUGUGCUUUUCACUGUGUGCGUUUCCAAAAACCUUUAUAUUACUUGAGACUUGCAUUAAUGAAAACUUGUGGUCUUUCCAAUCUGUCUAGUGUAGUAACAGACACCUGAGUUAACCCUCCCGUUGUCCUAGGGUCAAAAUGACCCGCCACUGUGUUGAACCAACUUUAUUUAAUUUUUAUAUUUUGGGGAUCAUUUGUGAGAAGGAGGCAGUGAGACUUUAAAGAAAGUAUCACUGCCUCCUUCUCACAAAUGAUCCAAAAAAUAUAAAAAUUAAAUAAAGUUGGUUCAACACAGUGGCGGGUCAUUUUGACCCUAGGACAACGGGAGGUUUAAUUGGUCAUAUGCCAGAACCUACACUGUGCCCAACAACGUCAACCUUGAUUGACUCCUCAUUGACAGCGUGGCUUUUACCGCCUCUUCUCUUUUAGGGCAGGGAUCUCCACGUGACCUGCGGGUCUUCGACGAGACUAUGUCCACCAUGAAGCUGUCGUGGGCGGCGGCACCGGGCCGCGUCCUCCAGUACCGCAUCAAUUUCCAUCCGUCGGCAGGUGGCGAGUGGAAGGAGGUGUCAGUGAAGGGAGAGAACACCAACGCCCUCCUGAAGAACCUGCAGCCUGGCACUGAGUACGACCUGGCCGUCAGCGCACGCUACUCCUCUGGCCUAGGAGACCCUCUGAAAGGGAAAGGAACCACACUGGAAGGUAAGCAGAACAGAGACUUCCCAAAAUAGGUACAUUGUUAUUGGACUGUAAGGGCUGGUUUCUGACUGAAACCAUUUGUUAUGGAUUUUCUCCAUUGACCAUGAUCCUCCAGGAGGAUAGGCUUAAUCUGGGUCUGGGGAACCAGCCUUAAGAGUCAACAACACAGUAGUGUAGUGAGGCCUAAAACUCAGCUCCUUUAGCGCUAUUAACUGUACUAUGACAAAACCUGGGUCUAUACCUGAAUCAAUGACUGGUGCCUUGAAUAAAAACAUGGCAUUCAUUUUCAGAGUUAUGGCAAAGUUAUGAGUUGCUCCUCUUUCAGUUCUCAGAGAGAUUCUUCAAAAAGUUGUCUCUUUUGCGGAGUCAGCUAUCUGGUUCUCCUAUGGGGGGUGGGGGGGGGGGGGGGGGGAUGAAGUCAUUCUUCUCUCCUCUAACCCUGUACCUUGUUUGUGAGGGCUUGCCUGUAAUUUAAUAUUCUUGUCUGCAAUAACUGUGUUCUUCUGUUGCACUUCUGAGGGCAAGGAGUGGUGCAGACCUAGUUCUUUACCGUGGCCCACUUUCAAUGGAAUGGACUUUGAAGUGGCAACAGAGCUGACAUGAAGCAGAACCAUUAGGCUCUAUUAGACUGUUUUUGCAACAGUCACGCAUACAGUACAGUAGGCAGGAACAAAAGAGUUGUGUACUGUGAAAAUCUCAGCCUUUCGCCUUUUCCACUGUAUCCAUCCCUUUUACAUUCAUUAAAAAAUGCCAAGAGCUUGACUUUAGCCAGCAUUCCUUCCCCAGGCUUUGAACAAUGGUGCAUAUUUGACUGGUCCUUGACUUGGUGCUGCCGGUGUGAUUGGGAAUGGCUCCUGGUACCAGAAUGCGUCUCAGCCUGUCAUGGAGGCUAGGCUGAUUGUCUUCUCCCCUGAGGGACAUGGAGUAGCAAAAUCUCUGAGUUAGUUAGUUCGUUGACAUAGUGUACAGGACUCUCUCUGCUUUCACUCCACCAAGCCGACACACACUGAACACUUUGUGCUGGGUUCCACUGGGAGGCUAGGGACUAAACCACUAAGGAGAAACUACGGUCCUGUGUGGCUCAAUUGGUAGAGCAUGGCGUUUGCAACGGCAGGGUUGUGGGUUCGAGUCCCAUGGGGGACCAGUACGAAUGAAAAUGUAUGUGAUCACUUCUGUAAGUUGCUCUGGAUAAGAGCGUCUGCUAAAAAAUGUAAAAUGUAUUUUUAAAUUAUUUGUCAGGCCCUCAAGGGGUCCUCGGUCUGCGUCCCAAAUGGUACCCUAUUCCCUAUAUAGAGCACUACUUUUGACCAUGGGCCCCAUAGGGCACUGGUCAAAAGUAGUGCACUAUAUACAGUAUGGCGUGACAUGCCCUAGGCCUGCCUAUGCUGGUGGCCGUUUCUGUGGAGCCUCCAGUUUGUCGAGGAAGGCACUCCAGCACAGCUCACCUCAAGUCCCUUUUGGGGAAACGAUGACAGUCUAGAUGACCUGGAGUUCACAUUCCUUCUAUUCUCACACCAAGGAGAUCAAUUGAGUGAGCAUACUGUGCAUUUCCCCUCUAAUUCAAUCUGUUGAUGUGGCAGGAGGAGGACAGAAUAAUUGUAACAAAACAAAUGAAAGGUGAUGAGAUGAUGAAUGUUAAAGAAAGAGGAGGCAUAUGGAAAGUGUUACCUGUGAAAAGCCUUCAAAGCUGCUUGUAUGCUGGCUGCCUCCAUACUGAGCACUCACCAUCCACUUCCAUCAGGGAGGGGUGAUGAUGGGGAGCCAAGACUGUGCUGGGAAUCAAAAAGAACCAAAGAGAGGCAUCAUGGGAAUUGAAUCAAUGACGAUCAUAAAGGUUACAGGUUAAGUCAAGAGGUGGUUUACUCUUACUGUGACUCAGGCUCUGUAGUUAGUAGUAGUUGUAUAGCUGUGUCCUCCCUCAGGACAUAGCCCUGAGAAUCCCCCCUCUCGUUGGGCUGAAUGGUUCCCCCCUUGGCCCCUCUCCUACAGAUGUGGGAUCUUAAUUUGAUCACUCUGUUGCAGUAGAACUUUCCUGCAAUGCAGGAAAUGUAAAACAUGUAGUGUAUUUGACGUUUAGAAAUGUUUCUGAAGUUUGUAAUUUCCACUUUGAAACUUCAGACUUGAUUUUCCCUUACGAAAAAUGGAUCAACUCCUACAAUUAAUUACUGUAUAAUCCACAUAAUAAUUCAAAUGUCCUGUUUCCUGCUGUAGCAAACUGGCUCAAAUUAAGAUCCCACAUUUGUAUCUGGCAUUUGUCAGAGUUUAUAAAGGGUUCAAGCUGCUGUUGUCUGACCCUUAGGGAUGUCAUUAAGACAAACAGGCAGUGGGCAGACUGCACUGCUUUUCAGCACCUGCACUCUCCCUUCCAUUGGACCAGGGUCUAAAGAACAUGAUCCCAAGGUUCAAACGUUAAAAAAAAAAGUACAGUUUAUUCUGACUGUGGUACUGAACUUUAGACUCUUUUGGCUUAAUAGUAUUAGUGCUGGAUGCGAACGCACGGUAGAUUUUAUCCCUAGGAUCGAGUUUUGUCUUGAGCGUAGGACAUUGCAACGUGCUUGAAAUUUCAAGGCUAUUUGAAAUGUCAAAGGCCUGAACAAAAUCAAUCCUGCUUGAUGUUGGGAGGCAAUAGGGAGGGGAAGAUAAACUAGAACAGAACAAUAGUGUGUAUAUUUUGUUACGUUUCAACAAUUGAUUAAUUUGAGUGGCUUAACAUUGUUAUUCAAUGUUAUGCAGGCAGCCAUAAAAUCACAUAGUUGUUUAUUCAGAAAAUAUUCCAAGCCAAUGUAGUGGAGAGUCUUUGUAGAGAAAUGGAAAGGUUAAGUAUAGUGUUUAAAAGAAAGGAAGCGAGAGAGGGUGAGAGAGAAAUAGAGAGUGCUAGGGACAGAAAGGGAGACAGCACAUGUCAAAGCCUAGAGGAGGGGGUGUUGAAUUUACUGUAGUUUUGUUCAGUUUUGCCUCAUGAUGGGCGGUGGAAAAAUGGGGUUGAGUGGGUUUCAGGUCGGACUUCCGAGCGCCAGAUUCCAUGCGAGAGCUGUCUGUGGCCUGUGAUUUAGAAAAAACCUCCAGACUCUCUCCCAGAUGUUGAAAAAAUGAGCCUGUCCACAGAUAGAAAAAUGGCAGUGGAGAAGUCCCAGCUAAUAGAGGCUGCUAUGUCUCUGUGGUGGAGACGGAGAGCCUGCCCAUGUGGGCAGAGGCAUUACGUGCAGUAAAAUUAAGGAAAUUAGAAUUUAGCCAGGACUGGAAUGGGUUGCUUCAGAAGAAUAUUAUGUUUGAUAGAUUACUUCUGGCAUGGCAGUUGGAAAGACUUGUCCUGAACUCAGACACAGUUUACUUGUUGAUCUAUAAAAUUAAAAACAUGCUUAAAGUUAAUUUCGCUCGCCAUAUGAUUUUGAGUCAGAAAAAAAUACGUAUUUAUUUCCCCCUGAAGUAUAUGUUUAUGUUUCAAUAUGAAAGAGGAUACAUAUACACAGGGAACCAGACGUUUGCAUUUAUCGGUUAGCUCAUUUGGUUUCAGUGGUAAGACUGAACAACAGAAGGCAAAUGGAUUUGAGUCAGAAUCAGCUUGAUGUACUUGUGGUGGCAUGGUCAGAUUGAUCAUGUGUCUUACCAGUAAAUAUCCACCAGGAGCUGUGCUCUGUGCUAUCCUGGAAUUAUUCUAGAGUCUGUCUCGGAACCAACCCACUAUGAACCAAACAGAGGGUUUGAUGAUUGCGUGGUCUCUCUGUCUGGGUAGAUUACUGUUUUAUCUCACUGCCUGGGUAGAUUACUGUUUUAUCUCUCUGUCUGGGUAGAUUACAGUUUUAUCUCUCUGUCUGGGUAGAGUACUGUGUGGUCUCUCUGUCUGGGUAGAUUAUUGUGUGGUCUCUGUCUGGGUAGAUUACUAUGUGGUCUCUCUGUCUGGGUAGAUUAUUGUGUGGUCUCUCUGUCUGGGUAGAUUACUGUGUGGUCUCUCUGUCUGGGUAGAUUACUGUGUGGUCUCUCUGUCUAGGUAGAUUACUGUGUGGUCUCUCUGUCUGGGUAGAUUACUGUGUGGUCUCUCUGUCUGGGUAGAUUACUGUGUGGUCUCUCUGUCUGGGUAGAUUACUAUGUGGUCUCUCUGUCUGGGUAGAUUACUGUGUGGUCUCUCUGUCUGGGUAGAUUAUUAUUAUUAUUAUAUUAUUAUUAUUAUUAUUAGAUUACUGUGUGGUCUCUCUGUCUGGGUAGAUUACUGUGUGGUCUCUCUGUCUGGGUAGAUUACUGUGUGGUCUCUCUGUCUGGGUAGAUUACUGUGUGGUCUCUCUGUCUGGGUAGAUUACUGUGUGGUCUCUCUGUCUGGGUAGAUUACUGUGUGGUCUCUCUGUCUGGGUAGAUUACUGUGUGGUCUCUCUGUCUGGGUAGAUUACUAUUUGUUUAUUUGGAUCCCCAUUAGCUUUUGCAGAAGCAGCAGCUACUCUUCCCAGGGUCCACAAAAAACACAUCUUAGUCAUUUAGCAGAUGCUCUUAUCCAGAGCGAGUGCCUACAUUUUCUUACUUGUCCCCCGUGAGAAUCGAACCCACAACCCUGGCGUUGCAAGCGCCAUGCUCUACCAACUGGGCCACACGGGACAACACAAAAUAUUUCAAGUAACAACACACUGAUACACUGUUAGACAAAGACAGUCAAACAAAUUUAGAACACAACGAUAUACAAACAUUGCAACAAAAAAAUUAUACAAACUCUGCUGUCCUCUCUGCGUCAAUUAGUCAAGACGCACCCAGACAAAUGCACUGAAGUGCAUACGAUUUUGGGUUCUAAGCACCCUUUUUACUUGUUUACGCAAGAGGAUUUAGAGUUGAGUACGUUCUCUUCCUUUACUGAGAAGUGCCUAUCCAGAUAGCGUGUUGAUACGUUCAUUGAUUAUCAGCAACCAAUCACUGUAUCCUGUAUCCUCUCCCAAAUCCUUACCCAGAAAUAUGAUCUGUUUUCCUCCAUGUUUGUUUCAGAGCUGGGCUCCCCCAAGGACCUUGUCACCAGCGACGUGACGGACACCAGCUUCGCUGCGUCUUGGACGGCUGCCCUUGGGAACGUGAAGAUGUACAGAAUCCGCUGGAAGUCCAUGUACAGUGAUGAGUCAGGGGAGAAGACGGUCCCUGGAGACGUCACCAACACCGUGCUGGAGGGCCUUAUCCCUGAGACCCUCUACCAGGUGUCUGUUGUGGCCGCCUAUGGCAGAGGAGACGGAGGCCCGCUGACUGGACAGGAGACCACUGAUGGUACCACUCUUUAUUACACAUCAUCCUCUGUUCGUAACGUAAUCCAUUGGAUUACUCAAAAUGACAAACGUAAUGUGAUUACUUCCUUGGUUAGCCAGCAUCUGCCUCGUCAGUUUAUGCUGAAGACCGAUCAGUUCUCUCUCUAACUCUGCCCGCCCAACCCCUCAGAAUCCUUGGGCAAGUGCUGGCUCAACUUCCUGCUGCAUCUCCUUGAUCUGUGCCACUGACUUAGUCUGGCAGGGAAAGCUCUCAGUGUUAGAUGUCAGAGGUGAACACAAUGGUUGUGUCCCAAAUGCACCCUAUUCCCCAUAUAAUGCACUACUUUUGACCAAGGCCCAUAUGUUUCUGGUCAAAAGUAAUGCGCUAAGUAGGGAAUAUGGUGUUAUUUGGGAUGCAGACAAACAUUCACUGAAGUGGUGUUGUUAGUUGCGAAGGUUUGGAGGUGUACUUGAAGGGUUUUGUAGCUCUGUAGAACAGUUUGAAACUCUCAUCGGGCCAUCACAUCAUUUUUCAUGCACCGGCACUAUGGUAUACCAGUGUCAAGAUGAUAAGGAAAAAAAUGUCUAAAAGAUGAAGAAAUUCCAUCCCAGUGCUCAUCAUCAUCACUCUCUGAAACCCUUUGGUCUUGGUGUCGGGUUUUAUGGGAAAAGGCCAUUUCUAAGACGCCCUUUUAAGCUGUGGUCUACAGUGGGAAACUGAGGUGGUGACAGUUAUGAUGCAUUAUGUGUUCUAGAAUCUAAGAAAACUUAGAAAAAAAAAUGAUGCAUGUGUGCAGCGCAUGGUGUAAUAUGUCCUGUAUUCUGCCUGUUAGGGUGUGUGGGAGCAGAAUUUAGACAGGCUCAAAUCGACCACACAUCCCCCUAUCCUACUCAUGCACACAUGGGAAAUCACAUUGAUGGAAAUGUCCUCUAACACUUGAGGAACCAGUGUGAUGGUUUGAAUAGACACAUGUAGAUAUGGAAAGCCAUUUAGUUUAUUGACUCUGGCAGGCCAAGUCAAGCACAUUUCGAACAGAAAACAUUGUUGAAACAUUCUCAGGAGACCUCGCCUCUUUCAUAUCCGUGCUUACCUCAUUACGUUUGCACAGCGGAACCAAUGGAUCUCCGGUAACAGUGUCACAGGUCCAUUCAGGUCAAGCAAUACAUUGAGAAGUUGGAGGCCAAUAACUGUCCUCCCAGUGAACGAGUCUAGCGGUCUGACAUUCUUUCCUGGGAUCAUUAAGUGUUUGGAAGGAUUGUGGUUUGACUAUUGUUGCAUUCAGAAAUGGUGGAACAUAUAGACCUUAUGACAUGGUAAAUGGAGCGUAGCUCUAUUCAGAAUGGGGUAAGUUAAGAUUACCAGAUUUGGGGAUAAGAGUCUAACUCUCUUUUAGAUAAUUUUUCUCAACAUCCUCGCUACGUAUCGAAGAGUAGAUGUUUUAUGAAACAUUGCCCUCCUCUCUGUCCUCAGUGUCUGCUUCUGCUAAGGCGCUUAAUGUGUCCGAUGAGACCGAGCGAAGCAUGAAGGUAACGUGGAUGGCCGCGCCGGGUAAAGUCAUCAACUACCGGGUGACCUAUGUGCCCACUGCUGGGGGCAAAGAGAUGGUCGCUAAGGUUCCCGGCACCUCCACCUCCACCGUGCUGAAGCGCCUGACGCCCAUGACCACCUAUGGCAUCAAGGUGCACCCCAUCUACAAGCGGGGAGAAGGAAAAGCAAGGCAAGGAGUAGGAACGACACGUACGUUGGUCCAUAAUUCAACCCCAUGAUAUGAGAGACAGUAGGGCGCUGCGGGACACACUAUGGGAAUAUUGUAGGUGGGGCAGGUGUCUUUUCACUAACAAAACCUCAGACACUUGGUUAAUACACACAUAUAGAGAGCUUACCACUAACACAUGGCAUGACAUUCGGUUCUAAGACACUGGAAUGGCACCCUAUUCCCUAUUCCCUAUUCCCUAAAGGGAAUAAGCUGCAAUUUGGGACGCAGGCUAGGACUUAAUACUUGUAUUAUGGACUAAUGAGAAACUGACUGGAAUGUGUGUUGGCUGAUCUCAAUGAAAAAAGACUAGCAUUGCCGAAGUUGAAGUUAUGACGUUAUGACUUUUCUCCCAUGAAUUUGAACUGAUAUGGUUUCUCUGUUUGUCUGUCCUCUUGUAGUGUCACCUUACAAAGCUCCCAGAAACCUACAGACCUCAGAGCCCGGCAAGAACAGUUUCAGAGUCUCCUGGGACCCAGCUCCUGGAGAUGUGCGUGGCUACAAGGUCACCUUCCACCCCAGUGGUGAUGAUAUCAACCUGGGAGAGCUGCUGGUUGGGCCCUAUGACAACACGGUGGUGCUAGAGGAGCUCAGGUGAGACACAGGAAGUUCUAUCUUCAGACAGGAAGUUGUCAGUGUUGUGACAUUGAUCUGACAUUCUUAGACGGUUACAUAAAAGUAACUUUAAAUCUCAUCUCUCCAUCUCAUCAGGGCCGGAACAAAGUACUCUGUGACUGUGUUUGGAAUGUUUGAUGGAGGCCACUCUGCAGCACUGGCUGGAGAGGAGAAGACUACCCUCUCCGACGCACCCGAAGUGCCAUUGGAACCUUGGAACGGUAAAACCUUACAAUACCAUAACAUAACCGACAAUCAUACACAGAUACAGACAUAGGCUGCGUCCCAAAUGACACCCUACUCCCUACAUAGUGCACUACUUUUGACCAGAGCAGUGGACUAUAUAGGGAAUAGGGAGCCAAAUGGGAUGCAGCCACAGAACAGCCACUCCGAUAGACCCACAGACCAAACCACAGACACACAGCGUCCCAGCCACAGCCCAUCUCUGUUCCCACCCUCACGAGGAGUAGUCUUCCCACUAUGAGAGACAUGACACUAAUUAUCCCACUUUUGAACUAUGAGAUGGUCUAAACUAAUCAUCAUCACAACCAUUAGAAUAACAUUCCACAUUACACAGACAUUGAUUGUAAUGAGUACUAAUAAUGUAUAGCUGUUUGGCUUCAAUGGGCCUUUCUGCCUCAUAUCAUCUUAAGACUGUGAUGGAGUGUAUUGAUAAGUGGGACAUUAUAAUAUUUUUAUGAUUCACUUUAUGGGUGUUUUGACCUCUUUUUUCUUGCUCCAGUGCCAGUGAAUGAUUAGUCAGGUUACACCCCCCACCCACAAAUGUUCAGCAUGCCAAACCUAUUAUGUUGCUGAGAUUUCUCAUCACCGUGCCCAAUUGGCCCAGCAGCCAUAUUGAUUCAUCCCUAAUACUUCUUGACAUGCAAAAGUUAAUUUUUAAAUUUUUUCCAUCGCAAAAAAAGUUCGCAUAAUGGUAAAACGUUUCUCUGCUUGCAAUUAGAGAUGUUUUACAACCAGGAGAGUAUGCAGUGCUGGCCGGGCUGCCGUGGAACAGAACUGCAUGCGGCUAGGAAAAUGUUAUGUUUCUCAUAUAAGACCCCAGAGAGAGAGCCGGUGACCCUGGGCAGAAAUUCGUUUCAGUAAUGGGGAGCAGACACACUGACAACACUGCCCACCGCAUCAAGCAGAGCAAGGGCUGUUCUAGUCCACCAUGCACCCAGACCAAACCUUGGUCUCUCUCUCUCUCUCUCUUUCACACACACACACACACACACACACAGUCUUACACACACACACAUACACACCAUAGGCGUUCACCGCUCACACUAAAACUACUGCAGUAGUUUGGCCCUAGUGUUUAAUAAUGACCAAGCUAGUGUGGUUAUAGGGUGGAAUUGGGUUUUUCUUCUUCCUGGCUCAGAGGGUGGUAUAGCCUGCUGCGUACUGUACAGUAUGUUUGUAUCCAUAGCAACAGCGACUGUAUGUGGUAGAGCCAAUUAAAACUAGGAUGACACCAGCGGUGGAAAAAGUAUCCAAUUGUCAUAUUUGAGUAAAAGUAAAGAUACCUUAAUAUAAAAUGACUCAAGUAAAAGUGAAAGUCACCCAGUAAAAUACUACUUGAGUAAAAGUCUAAAAGUAUUUGGUUUUAAAUAUACUUAAGUAUCAAAAGUAAAUGUAAUUGCUAAAAUAUACUUAAGUACCCAAAGUAUAAAUUCCUUAUAUUAAGCAAACCAGACAGAACAAUCUUCUUGAUUUUUUAAUUUACUGAUAGACAGGGGCACACUCUAACACUCAGACAUCAUUUACAAAUGAAGCAUUUGUGUUUAGUGAGUCUGCCAUUUUCCUGUCCUGCUAAGCAUUGAAAAUGUAACGUGUCAGGGAAAAUGUAUGGAGUAAAAAGUACAUUAUUUUCUUUAGGAUUGUAGUGAAGUAAAAGUAAAAGUUGUAGAACAUAUAAAUAGUAAAGUACUUAAGUACUUUACACCACUGGAUUACACUAUAAACAGACUAGGGAAUGAAUCAUUCCUGUAAAUGACCACAUACUAGCCAGUCAAAGUAGAUAGAUUCAUCUAUUUGCUUUAUGUAUUUGCUUAAUGUGACACUGUAUCCUCUGAUGCAUUCUAAACAACAGUCAGUGUCAUCUGUUUUUGAUCAGAUGCCUCUCAGACAGUGUACACUGUCUCAGUUGAUGACAUGUGGUUUUGUUGAUGAAUGUCUCCGAGACUUACAUUAAGCUUACAACAAAGUGCUUUGUUUACCAGUGUGGUAUAACUCAAACAAAUUGGUUCCAUAUAUAAUCAGAUAUACAUUUUACAAGGGGCGAUCCCCCACACAUCGUCAAGCAUCUGUUCCUCCAUGUUGCAAUAAAGAAAGUGGGUAAAUAAUUGUUUUCUCUUCUAACCUUUUUUCAAUUUGCAGACACGGUGGCAGAUUGCAUAGCUCAGUGUCCAAACGACUCGGUGCAUCUGGGUCUUUUUGCUCGGCUGCAGGACGAGCAAGCAGCAACCCUCUUUCGCCCCCACAGGUGUCUGGUGUAGCAAAUAGCGAGCACAGCAGGAAUGUGCAGUACCUCUGGGAGAGAGGAGGAGUCUGUUGUAUCUCAUCUGUCAGCAGGGGUGGUCUUGUUGUUCAGGGCAGGGGACAAACCCAAUGACUGCCCCACAUACAGUACAUCAAGAAGGCUGCAGGCCACAAAAAGGCCUCGUGGAUGGACAACAGGAUUGACACAGAAGAAGAAGAAGAUAGAAGAAGAAGACAAAAAGAAGAAGACCCAAGGGGAAAGAAAGAGUUCAUCCCCUCUGCAAGAGAACAAUACUGCUGCAAAACGUGUUGUAGCUAAACAUGUUUAUUGUAGAUAAAAACAUUUGAUGUUAGUGUGUUACUGGGAUUUUAGUGAUGUCUUUCUGACUCAUGCUUGUUGUUCAUCUCUGUAUUUGUUGUGCGUAUUUUGUUUGUGCAUGUCUGUCUGAAAGUAUUUAUAUUAUUCUGUUGUUCUUUGGCUGCUCGUCCCUUCUGACACACAUCCUCUCAUUUAUCACACUACAUGGAUGUCCAUGGUAUCAGGCCUCCCUCUCACAGCCCUCUCCUCCACCCCUUACAGAAGCCAAGUGUAAAAGCCAGGCCAAGGCUGACAUCAUCCUACUGGUCGAUGGCUCAUGGAGUAUUGGCCGUCUCAACUUCAAAACCAUCCGUGCCUUCAUCGCUCGCAUUGUUGGUGUAUUUGACAUCGGCCCUGAGAGAGUCAUGAUCGGUAAUCUUUAUUUUGAUCAAAUCCCAUUGGUGAUGUGUAUGAUGGCAUAGGUUCAUCACCCAGCUCAAUCUCUUUAAGUUUGAUCUGGACUUGGUACUGGGAAUGGAAAUGAAUGUUGGAUGCUGAUCAAUCACGCUGGUGUCAUACUGUGUUCUGUUUGUUCUCUCCAGGUAUGGUUCAGUACAGUGGAGACCCCAAGACUGAGUGGCAUCUGAAUGCCCACCCAACCCGUGACGGGCUGCUCAAAGCUGUGGCUGACCUGCCAUACAAAGGGGGAAACACCAUGACAGGUGACAUAUUAUGAAAUAAAGGGACAACUACCAACUGUCAUCUGUUUAACUUAAAGAUGCACUCUCAAACAUUAGUCUAAUUUCAGACAGUAGUACUACGUCAUCCAUUGCGUAUGAUAUGUUACGUCCUUUUUGUUUUUGCGAUUCACAUGAUAUGUUACGAAUCUAAUUCAUACCAUAUUUUACGAAUUUGUUGUGCUUAAGAUCCUGGAGUGCAUCUUUAACUCAAGUCAACUUAACUUAACAUGAAACAUUCCCUCUAAUAUCUCUGUAGGUAUGGCCUUGAACUACAUCCUCCAGAACAACUUCAAGCCCAACGUGGGAUUGCGUAAAGACUCGCGCAAGAUCGGUGUGCUCAUCACUGACGGCAAGUCGCAGGAUGAAAUUAUCACCAACUCCCAGGUGCUGAGGGAUGAGAACAUCGAGCUCUACGCCAUCGGUGAGUGACCCUCCUAGUGUAUAACCCAACAACAUUGCAUGUUUCAGUUCACCAUCAAAGUUUGUGACCAUGUCAAACAAGGCAACAGUAAACAUGUCAUCCGCCAAGAAUGAUGCAGCGCCCCCCUUGGGCCAAUCAGUGUAAUUUUGUAAAUGACGGAUCUCUAUGGCAAGACGCAUCAUUCACCCAAGUUUAAUUAAAAUCGGGCCAGUGGUGUCUGAGAUAUUGCGUGUGACUAAUGUACGUACAUUGAUUACUAUAAUGCCCCCCCUUGGGCCAAUCAGUUAAAUUUUGUAAAUGCCGGAUCUCUAUAGCAAGAUGCAUCAUUCACCCAAGUGUAAUCAAAAUCGAGCCAGUGGUGUCGGAGAUAUCGCAUGCGUUUGCUAGACUCAUAUUCCUGAGUAUGUAUGCCAAAUUUCAUCACUCAAACAGAUCAAGAGAUAUAAACAUGUGCCCGUUAUGGCGCCACUGUGUGGUCAAUAUGAAUGUUCUCGCAUCUGUUGUGUCUUGACAGUGUUUGCAACAUGUGUACCAAAUUUUGUUACAAUACGAAUAUCCUUGACUGAUUUAUAUGCAUUAAUGUGCCGGACCACACCCACGUUAAUGUUUAUUGGUCAAUGUUGUUGUAGGUACUAGUCUGAAAAAUAUUGCGUUGAGAGUUUUGUGCAGAUCGGUCAUUCGGUGCCAGAGGAGUAGCGUUUUAAGUGUUUUUCACACAAUUCUAAAUGGCGGAAAAUCCAUCAUGGUGGACCUUAAGGUAGAGGGACCUAUGUACUGAAUUUCAUGACUUUAGGUCAAAGGGGGUGAGGGGCGUUACCUUUCAGAGUUAGCAUUUUCAAUCGCUUGUUAUAUUUUGUAAAUGCCGGAUCACUAUGGCAAGACACAUCAUUCACCCACGUUUCGUCAAAAUCGGGCUAGUGGUGUCUGGGAUAUCGCAUGUGAUGAACGUAUGAAUGUACUAACGGACGGAGACAGAUCCACAGUCCUCUCCUCAAUUUCACAGACAUUUUACAAUAAACAGAUUUUCAUGUUGUGAUUGUAUCAUAAACAGAGGACAGUUUAGUCUAUUUUGUCAUGAUCCCAACAGAAGUGAAUAUUGUGGUGUUAUGUGGCUUCUAGGUGUGAAGAAUGCUGAUGAGAAUGAGUUGAGGUCCAUUGCCUCAGACCCGGAUGAGAUUCACAUGUACAACGUGAAUGAUUUCUCCUUUCUGCUGGAUAUAGUGGAUGAGCUCACCAUCAACCUCUGUAACAGUGUGAAGGGUCCAGGUAAGUUCUUAUUCUCUCUCUCUCUCUCUCUCUCUCUCUCUCUCUCUCUCUCGCUCUCUCUCGCUCUCUCUCUCUCUCUCUCUCUCUCUCUCUCUCUCUCUCUCUCUCUCUCUCUCUCUCUCUCUCUCUCUCUCUCUCUCUCUCUCUCUUAUUCUCUCAUUCUCUCCCAAUCACUGAAAGAAACAUUUGAAACAAUGCUCAACUCAAAAUGUUGCUAACUUCAAAUGGUUAGUUAUUUGUAUGCUGCUAAGUCAAGCUAGGUAUUGUACUUGGUACAGCAUUUAGGGGUUUAGGGGUAUUUCUAAUUUAAGAUGGGAUCAGAUGGCAAGGAAAAUACAUUAAAAAGCCAUUUAACCUGUAAGCCAGAAAAAGCUGUACUGAUAUUUUUCAUCAGUUGAAUAAAUGGAUUAGCAUAGCAGAUAGAGAAUAGCAAUAAGAACAGCAUGAUUGAUGAGACGAGCCAAUGAAAAGACAGAACGAACGCCAACACUUGUGGAUAUUGCCUCGAAACUGUCACUAGUUUGCCUAACACACUUGAUAAAUUUAGUUUCUUGCCUUAAGUUACAUAAGGUCCAACCAGUUGAUGGAAACUUAGGUUUUUUGGACACACUCUUGUCCUUAAAUCAAAUUUACGAGGAGACACAAUAGUGAUUUACUACAUGGGGAUGGAUAUUUAUUAUUUUUUUAAGUGUGUUAUCAAAAUUGUGAUGUAUAGAAAUGCAGGUUCGCAUUUAUUGUAAUAAAUCUUGACACAAAGUCAUAAAAUCUGAUUUAUAACCUAACCCUAAACUUAGCCACACUGCUAACCCUAAUGCCUAACCCUAACCUUAAAUUAAGACCAAAAAGCAAAUGUUUGUUUUCAUGAAUUUUUACGAUAUAGCCAAUUUUGAUUUUGCAGCUGGCCCAGCUAGCGGAAAUGGCUCAGUUCUGCCUCCAAGGCAAAAUUCAUGACAAUAAACGUCAACCUGCUAUAGAAACAGCCCUAACAGCCCUGUGUCAGUGAGGCAGAGGUGAAAGGGACAUAUUUGUGGUUGGAGAAUUGAGUGUGUGAAAUAUUUGACGUGUCGGCUCACAUUUCCUCUGCUCUUCGACCAGGAGGAGGCCUGGAGCCGCCCACUAACCUGGUGACCUCCGAGGUGACCCACCACUCAUUCCGUGCCACCUGGACGGCGCCCGAAGGUCCCGUGGAAAAGUACCGCAUCGACUACAUGCCCGUGGUGGGAGGAAUCACUGAACAGGUAAACCUAUAGCCUACAGUACUGUACCUCCCCUCAACUCAAUCACCUCACCUCUCCAAGGUCAUAGCAUUUUAAGAGCAUCAGCUAUUCAUAGUCACACCUGGUUUGGAUAUGACAGAGAAUUGGCUGAAUGAUUCCUUUUGGUCUGAAUUCCUCUCUCAGACCUCCAUGUUUCAUCUUGCCAUGAGGUGAUCGGGUCACUUUGAAAGCGGUCUCCUGUUUAUCCAGGAGUUUCUGAUGGAGGAACUGCCCUAUAUGCAGCCUCGCUGGAGAUUUCACAGUUAUCAAGUGUAUCCAGUGUAAAAUGUUUGCUUAAAUCCACCUAGUUGCCAUCGUCGGUCGAUCCAUUUCAUGUGGAUCUGAUUCAGUCAGAUAAAGCUCAAGUCAUCUGGCUUUCUUCUCAGCAUUGAGAAGUGUUCCACAGUGGCUGAGGCAGACCUGCAUUCAGUUACACUUAACCUUCUGUCACUUAUGUCCUUAUGAAUACAGGACUGGGUCUAUUCCAUGCAUUGUGCUUUCAUUGGCCCUGGUCAGGGUUUAGGUGGUUCUAGUGAGCCCUGUCUGAAAGGAAGACCAAAGAGUUUCCACCAGGCCUCAACCUUAGACUAGACCUAGUUAGUUUAGUCUUGUUGCAUAACUCUUCCUGCUGGAAAAGAUAAUCCUGGCCAUCCAUCCAUUCUCCUUCAUUUUGAAUGCUUGCAUUGGACCCCAAAACACUUAUUCACACAAAUAAAUCAGAUUUCACUUUCAAUUUGCUGAUAUGUGCUCCGUUCUUUUGGAUAGCCUUCUGACACUUAGAAGAGAGAGUAUGUGUGCGAGAAGAUGUUAGUUUUGUUUUGGGUUUCCUAAACAUGUGCCGUAUUAGUUGGAACAUUUGAUUUUGACCUGCUGUAUUUAAAAUAUUAUCCCAUGACGAAUUUGAAACUCCUGGGCAGACAGCAGUACAGAGGGGUGACUUGAGGUUGCCAUCUAUCUUCUGGUCUACCUCCUGUUGAAUAUACUUGGAUUUUGAGCUUUCCUGCAUAAAGACUAUGCCUUUUUUCUCUCUCUUCAGAUGAUUGUCGAUGGGACGGUCACCACCGUGGUCCUGACCAAGCUGACCCCUCUGACCGAGUACGUGGUCAACGUCUUCUCUGUGACCGGAGAGGAGACCAGCGCAGAGCCGCUGAAGGGCACUGAAACCACCUGUGAGUGUUGCAGCUGUUCUGCUCCCUUGCCUCCUCUCCUCUCUGUUUGUCUUCCUUUUCGUUCCGUUUCCUCACACAACCUCCUCCCAAUUACCCAGUAAACCUUGAAAUCACCUCCUGGAAAGGUGUCCAGGUUCAGCUAAUCCAAUAGCCUUAUUUGGAUGUCGAAUGAUAUAACAAGCGCUACAGUGAUAGACAGGAAGUGGAUUGAGAUGAGUUUCACAAAGAUGCUGUUCGGUUGCCCACUUUAAUGUGGGGAUAGCAUCGCAGCUCUUAUGAGUUCCACUGUUGUGGGAGCGCAUUUGUUUCAUUACGAUAUACGAUGUUGAAAUAAACAUCCCCUGCCCCGCCAUGCUCAGUACACUGUUUUAAAUGGGUUAGACAUGGAUGGAACUUGUUUAUAUUGCUCUUGUAGGCCUAUUAAACAAGCUCAUUUACACAACCAGGGAUAUAUUGGGUCUGAUUGGUGGCAGUAAAGUGUUAAGCAACAACAACAACAAGUUCCCAUAGGGUUUCCCGUUAGAAAAUGCAGAAGUGGAGGUUUCUUAUGGGGACAAUAACCAUCAUUCUCUCAUUCUUGGCCUUAUUAAGAGUGUCUUAAGAAAACUGACAUAAUUCCACAUGAUGGUUAAGUACAAAGAGCUGACCACUUUCAUUGCUCCAUUUGUGCGAUAUAGUGGACGUUGUCACUUUUAGAAAUGAGUCCAUUAGAUUUUUAUGGUGGACGUUAUAAGAUAUUUCUCACUGUCAUAAAGCAUGGUUAUUGUUUUGUAGCCCGCGACUUGGACACCACAACAGUAGUGUUAGAUCACUUGCGGUUUCCUUUAUUUGUCAUUUUAAACUAACACUGUGUGUAGGAUCAUCAUGCUUCUGCCAUAAACACAGAAGCUGGAUGUGAUGUGGGUGACUGGGUUGUGUUUUGGAGGUCCGUAGACUAGUAGUUAGUGGUAACUGUGGUUGAGGAUGUCUCUACACUAGUAGUUAGUGGUAACUGUGGUUGAGGAUGUCUCUACACUAGUAGUUAGUGGUAACUGUGGUUGAGGAUGUCUCUACACUAGUAGUUAGUGGUAACUGUGGUUGAGGAUGUCUCUACACUAGUAGUUAGUGGUAACUGUGGUUGAGGAUGUCUCUACACUACUAGUUAGUGGUAACUGUGGUUGAGGAUGUCUCUACACUAGUAGUUAGUGGUAACUGUGGUUGAUGAUGUCUCUACACUACUAGUUAGUGGUAACUAACUGUGUGGUUGUGGAUGUCCCUACACUAGUAGUUAGUGGUAACUGUGGUUGAGGAUGUCUCUACACUAGUAGUUAGUGGUAACUAACUGUGUGGUUGUGGAUGUCCCUACACUACUAGUUAGUGGUAACUGUGGUUGAGGAUGUCUCUACACUAGUAGUUAGUGGUAACUAACUGUGUGGUUGUGGAUGUCCCUACACUACAAGUUAGUGGUAACUGUGGUUGAGGAUGUCUUUACACUAGUAGUUAGGCGGUAACUACCUGUGUGGUUGUGGAUGUCCCUACACUAGUAGUUAGUGGUAACUAACUGUGUGGUUGAGGAUGUCUCUACACUAGUAGUUAGUGGUAACUAACUGUGUGGUUGAGGAUGUCUCUACACUAGUAGUUAUUGGUAACUGUGGUUGAGGAUGUCUCUACACUAGUAGUUAGGCGGUAACUAACUGUGUGUUUACUCUUCACGCUCCACAGUGCCACUGCCCGGGGUGAUAAAGUUGACUGUGUACGAUGAGACCAUGACCACCUUUAGGGUGAAGUGGGAGAAGGCUGAAGGGGCGACAGGCUACAUGCUGUUCUACAGAGCCAUCAAUGCCACUGUGCCCACUGUGGAGAAAGAGGUGAGUAGGACACACACACACUCUCACUCACUCACUCACUCACUCACUCACUCACUCACUCACUCACUCACUCACUCACUCACUCACUCACUCACUCACUCACUCACUCACUCACUCACUCACUCACUCACACACACACACACACACACACACUCUCACUCAUUCACUCACUCAUUCACACCCUCACUCACACACUCACUCACUCACUCACUCACUCACUCACUGACACACUCACUCACUCACUCACUCACUUACUCACACACUCACUCACACACUCACUUACUCAAUCACUCACUCACAAACUCACUGACUCACUCACACACUCACUCACUCACUCACACACUCACUUACUCACUCACUCACUCACUCACAAACUCACGAGUGGAGGUUGGACGUUGGAUAGGCAUUCCAUUUACAUGUUCAGCAUUUCCACAAGGCAGGGUAGUCAAGGCCUCUGCUAGUGGGGCCUUACUCAUUCCAGAUGGUAAUGUGAUGAUUACUGCACAGAGCAGGAAGUGGACUUUUACAGUGAUGUUCAGGCAAGGUCUACAAAAAACAGUCCCUUUGGACACAGAGGGUAAUGAGAAGGAUUAGCUCAUGCUGGCCCUGUGCAGCUUUUUUCACCAGUGAAGUCAUAGAGAUGAUAUACAGUAUUAAAAAACAAAAUCUCAACAGAUGCUGUAUAUUUUGAACUGCAGGCUUCUGUGAGGGCUGGCAAGCAGUAGUGUAGCCUUUAGAGGAAUUUCAGUGUGGACUGAAGGCAGCAAGGCAGGCAUACCCCAGGAGACACACACGUCCCAGUUGUUAGUUAGUGCUGUGAACCAGGAGUUAGUUAGUGCUGUGAACAGGGUGUUAGUUAGUGCUGUGAACCAGUUGUUAGUUAGUGCUGUGAACCAGGAGUUAGUUAUUGCUGUGAACAGGGUAUUAGUUAGUGCUGUGAACCAGGUGUUAGUUAAUGCUGUGAACCAGGUGUUAGUUAGUGCUGUGAACCAGGUGUUAGUUAGUGCUGUGAACAGGGUGUUAGUUAGUGCUGUGAACCAUGUGUUAGUUAGUGCUGUGAACCAGGUGUUAGUUAGUGCUGUGAACCAGGUGUUAGUUAAUGCUGUGAACCAGGUGGUAGUUAGUGCUGUGAACCAGGAGUUAGUUAGUGCUGUGAACAGGGUGUUAGUUAGUGCUGUGAACCAGGUGUGUUAGUGCUGUGAACAGGGUGUUAGUUAGUGCUGUGAACCAGGUGUUAGUUAAUGCUGUGAACCAGGUGUUAGUUAAUGCUGUGAACAGGGUGUUAGUUAGUGCUGUGAACCAGGUGUUAGUUAGUGCUGUGAACAGGGUGUUAGUUAGUGCUGUGAACCAGGUGUUAGUUAAUGCUGUGAACCAGGUGUUAGUUAAUGCUGUGAACAGGGUGUUAGUUAGUGCUGUGAACCAGGUGUUAGUUAGUGCUGUGAACAGGGUGUUAGUUAGUGCUGUGAACCAGGUGUUAGUUAAUGCUGUGAACCAGGUGUUAGUUAAUGCUGUGAACCAGGUGUUAGUUAAUGCUGUGAACCAGGUGUUAGUUAGUGCUGUGAACCAGGAGUUAGUUAGUGCUGUGAACAGGGUGUUAGUUAGUGCUGUGAACCAGGUGUUAGUUAGUGCUGUGAACCAGGAGUUAGUUAGUGCUGUGAACAGGGUGUUAGUUAGUGCUGUGAACCAGGUGUUAGUUAGUGCUGUGAACAGGGUGUUAGUUAGUGCUGUGAACCAGGUGUUAGUUAAUGCUGUGAACCAGGUGUUAGUUAAUGCUGUGAACCAGGUGUUAGUUAAUGCUGUGAACAGGGUGUUAGUUAGUGCUGUGAACCAGGUGUUAGUUAGUGCUGUGAACAGGGUGUUAGUUAGUGCUGUGAACCAGGUGUUAGUUAAUGCUGUGAACCAGGUGUUAGUUAGUGCUGUGAACCAGGAGUUAGUUAGUGCUGUGAACCAGGUGUUAGUUAGUGCUGUGAACCAGGUGUUAGUUAGUGCUGUGAACCAGGAGUUAGUUAGUGCUGUGAACAGGGUGUUAGUUAAUGCUGUGAACCAGGUGUUAGUUAGUGCUGUGAACAGGGUGUUAGUUAAUGCUGUGAACCAGGUGUUAGUUAGUGCUGUGAACCAGGUGUUCAGAAGGUAUCCUCUUGACAAGUCCUUUCUUGUUGUUUUGUUCCCCUCUAUCGUCCGGCCUGGUCUCCCCUUCUCCCCCUCUCCCCUUCUCCCCCUCUCCCCUUCUCCCCUCUCCCCUUCUCCCCUUCUCCCCCACUACCCCUCCCCUUCUCCCCCACUACCCCUCCCCUUCUCCCCCUCUCCCCUUCUCCCCUUCUCCCCCACUACCCCUCCCCUUCUCCCCCACUUCCCCUCCCUUUCUCCUCCUCUCCCACUCUCCUUCUCCCUUCUUCACCCUCUCCCUCUGCUCCCUUCUCUACCCUUCUUUCCCGGUUCGCACUGACCUCGCCUUUACCGCAGCUCUCCCGUCUCCCCUUCUCCCCUUCUCCCCCUCCUCCCGGCUUGCCCUUGUGCCCUUACCGCUCCUUCGCUCCCUAACCCUCCCCCCCUCCCCCUCUCCCUUUGUCCACCUCUCCGCGUCCUCCCCCCUCCUCCCCCGGUCUCCCUCUCCCUUCGUCCCCUUUCUCACCCGUUCUGCCUCCAUCCUACACCUCUGGUUCCUCUCCCCUUCUCCCCCCCCUCUACCCUCCCCUUCCCCCCCCUCCCACCUCCUCCCCUCCCUCUCCCCUCCUCCCCCCUCUCCCUUUCUCCCCCUUUCUCCCACUCCUCCCCCUUCCCCUCCCCCCUCUCCCCCAUCUCCCCCCUUCCCCUUCUCUCCCUCUUCCUCCAACCCUCCUCCCCUUCUCUCCCUCCUCUCCCCCUCUCCCCCUCUCCCCUUCUCCUCCUCUCACCUUCUCCCCUCCCCCCCCCCCCCCCUUCUCCCCCUCCCCUUCUUCCCCCUCUCUUUUCUCCCCUGCUGUUCAGAUACGAGUUGGGGCAGAUGUGAAUGAUGUUCAGCUGGAGGAGCUUAUCACCAACACAGCGUAUACACUCUCCCUGUUUGCCCUGCAUAGAGAGGCUGCCAGCGACCCCCUCGUGGACCAAGGAGUCACAUGUAUGUUCCCCUGAUCUCUCUCUCUCUCUCUUUCUCUAUUUCUUUCUCUCUCUCUCUAAAACUGUGUUCUACCUCACAAUACAGAUGUUUCUAAGACUCACUCAAUUUCAUUCCCCUGCCCCCCUCUCACACAUCUCUCUUUUCUCCCUCUCUAUCCCUUUCUCUGUCAUUCUUCUUCCCCAGUACCCUUGCCACCAUCGGGUGAGCUGCGGAUCACUGCUGUCACCCAUAGCACCAUGAAGCUCAGAUGGGACGCCUCCCCGGGGAAAGUCCUCAAGUACAUCAUCACUUACAAGCCAGAUGACGGAGAGCUCAAAGAGGUGACACAAACUAACACCAAACAUUUACACACUGACGUCAUGGAGAAAGUGUUAGUGAGGAACUCUAUGUUCUUUCUGUGUGCGUCCCAAAUGGCACCCUGUUCCCUCCAUAGUGCACUACUUUUGACCAGAGCUGUAUGGGCUAUAAAGGGGAUAGGGCCUCGUUUGGGACUCAUCCUCUGAUACCCCUGUUAAAUAUAAUGUCAAAAUGUAGAUUUCCACCUAAAUAGACAUACCAAAAAGUAAUUAUUUAUCAUGAUAGGGCCAUAAACAAUACCUAGUGAUGCUUACACUGCCAGAAAUAUUCAAAUCUCACCUUUCUGGUAAAAAAGGUUAUACAUUUCUGAGGUGUAGUCACUUUUGAGGACACAAGCUCAAGUACACAGUACAAAUAUGAUAAAAUAAAAUAAAAAAUGAUAUAUUAUAUUUUUCCUAUUCAACAAAAGUGGGGAUUAGGGCUUGAAAUGAUUUAAAUGCUUUCUAAAUAUAGUAACAAUCAAAUUAUAAACGACUUACUAUAAUAUUUCACCUUUCUUAAAUAAUAAAUAAAUAUGAUCAUACCUAGUGACUGUACCAUAUUGCCACCAUUUCAUGAUGACAGAGCAUUUUCUGACCAGCAUCCUCUGAGCGAUGCACAGAUGCCAUUCACAUGCCUGCUGACUCAUUACAAAAUUCAGCUUUUGCCCCUCUGUGACCAAGAAAAAGUGGUCUUGUUUCAAUUCUAUUAAAUUAUUGAGUAUUAUUUCAUGUUGAGAGCUCUAAAUCCAUCUGAGAUAUUCAUUUUCAUAUGUUUCAAAAGCCAGAUUGUAAGUGAAGCUUUGAGCUUCAUCGCCUUGGGAGUUCGAUCCUUUGUCUGGAUAGGCCAGAAAAUGUGACGUGUCACUGCCUAUGCUCAUAUACUGCAUCUCAGAUGAGAGCGGAGAACGGCAUGCGAAGCGAGACAACCAGCGCUGUCACGAAGUGCACAACAAUUGAUGUCGCGCCGUUCACUGAGCGCUCUGUACACAAAAAUGUUGGUCGGAAACGGUCCAGAACCGCUCAAAGUCCCCUAAAUAGGGGACAGCGUUUAUUAAGGGAAAGUCACAAGUCAUUGAUGUCACGGGGUGUUAUAGUAGCAGAACCUUUCAGUAGACUGGGAUCUUGACUCCAUGGGCAGGCUAGGCCAGGAUGACAUGGUGAAAGAAGCCUACUGGCAGUCAGAGAAGACCCUGGCCCCAGCACCCAGCACCCCAGCAGCAGCCCAACACCCCAACACCCCCCCAACACCCCAGCACCCCAACAUCCCAGCACCCCAACACCCCAACACCCCCCCCCAACACCCCAGCACCCCAGCACCCCAACACCCCAGCACUCCAACACCCCAGCACCCCAACACACCAGCACCCCAGCACUCCAGCACCCCCCCAACGCCCCAGCGCCCCAGCACCCCAGCACCCCCCCCAACACCCCAACACCCCAGCACCACAGCACCCCCAAAACCCCCCACCCCAACACCCCCAACACCCCACGCACCCCCCAAACACCCCACCCCCAACACCCCGCCUCCCCAGCACCCCCCCAACACCCCAGCCACCCCAACACCCCCCCCAGCACCCCCCAAACACCCAGCCCCCCAACACCCAAACCCCAACAUCCCAAGCACCCCAAACACCCCACCCCCACAACCCACCCCACCCCCAACACCCCAAUACCCCAGCACCCCCCCCCCCUCCCCCCAACUCCCCAGCACCCCCCCAACACCCCCAGCACACCCCAGCCCCCAGCAACCCCAGGCACCCCCCCCCAACACGCCCCACCCCCCCCAACACCCCAGCACCCAACAACUCCUAACGUUUUAUUGGUUAACAUCAAUGUUCAAAUGGCUACAGUUGUUCAAGAUUUGUUGUAAAUGCUAUAAUUAAUACCACAAAUAAUAGUUUACAGUUGUUGUAGUCGGGACGGUUACAUUACACCUUAGCCAAAUACAGUUAAACUCAGUUUUUUCACAAUUCCUGACAUUCAUCCUCGUACAAAAUUCCCUGGUUUUAGGUUCAUUUAGGAUCACACUUUAUUUAAGAAUGUGAAAUGUCAGAAUAAUAGUAGAGAGAAUGAUUUAUUUCAGCUUUUAUUUCUUUCAUCACAUUCCCAGUGGGUCAGAAGUUUAAAUACACUCAAUUAGUAUUUGGUUGCAUUACCUUUAAAUUGUUUAACUUGGGUCAAACAUUUCGGGUAGCCUUCCACAAGCUUCCCUCAAUAAGUUGGGUGAAUUUUGGCCCAUUCCUCCUGACAGAGCUGGUGUAACUGAGUCAGGUUUGUAGGCCUCCUUGCUCGCACACGCUUUUUCAGUUCUACCCACACAUUUUCUAUAGUAUUGAGGUCAGGGCUUUGAGAUGGCCACUCCAAUACCUUGACUUUGUUGUCCUUAAGCCAUUUUCCCACAACUUUGGAAGUAUGCUUGGGGUCAUUGUCCAUUUGGAAGACACAUUUGCGACCAAGCUUUAACUUCCUGACUAAUGUCUUGAGAUGUUGCUUCAAUAUAUCCACAUAAUUUUCCUUCCUCAUGUUGCCAUCUAUUUUGUGAAGUGCACCAGUCCCUCCUGCAGCAAAGCACCCCCACAGCAUGAUGCUGCCACCCCUGUGCUUCACGGUUGGGAUGGUUUUCUUCGGCUUCCAAGGAACCCCCUUUUUCCUCCAAACAUAACAAUGGUCAUUAUGGCCAAACAGUUAUAUUUUUGUUUCAUCAGACCGGAGGACAUUUCUCCAAAAAGUACGAUCUUUGUCCCCAUGUGCAGUUGCCGUCUGGCUUUUUUAUGUCGGUUUUGGAGCAGUGGCUUCUUCCUUGCUGAGCGGCCUUUCAGGUUAUGUCGAUAUAGGACUCGUUUUACUGUGGAUAUAGAUACAUUUGUACCUGUUUCCUCCAGCAUCUUCACAAGGUCCUUUGCUGUUGUUCUGGGAUUGAUUUGCACUUUUCGCACCAAAGUAUGUUAAUCUCUAGGAGACAGAACGCGUCUCCUUCCUGAGCGGUAUGACUUGGCUGAUUUCUUUUGAUUUUCCCAUUAUAUCAAGCAAAGAGGCACUGAGUUUGAAGGUAAGCCUUUAAAUACAUCCACAGGUACACCUCCACUUGACUCAAAUUAUGUCAAUUAGCCUAUCAGAAGCUGCUAAAGCCAUGACAUCAUUUUCUGGAAUUUUCCAAGCUGUUUAAAGGCACAGUCAACUUAGUGUAUGUAAACUUCUGACCCACUGGAAUUGUGUGUCAAAAUUACUUGUGUCAUGCACAAAGUAGAUGUCCUAACCUACUUGCCAAAACUUUAGUUUGUUAACAAGAAAUUAGUGGAGUGGUUGAAAAAAUAGUUUUAAUGACUCCAACCUAAGUGUAUGUAAACUUCCAACUUCAACUGUAUGUUCAUGUUAGUAGUGCUAGUUCAUGCUAGUUCUUCAGCAAAAAUAAUAUUGUUAAUUGUUUGUUGUUCCUAAAAUCAUUAUCCUUAUAUCUCCUUUCUGCCAGGUUGAAGUCAAUGGCGAUAUAACAUCCCUGCCUCUUGCCAACCUCAUCUCUCAAUCUGAGUACGAUGUUGCUGUCACCCCAGUUUACGACGCAGGUGUUGGAAACCCAAUGCUUGGACAAGCCAUUACAGGUAAACAACCGUUUGUGUGAUUUAUCAUUUGGCUGAUGAGCUGUAGACUAGAUAUACAGUGGGUAUAGAAAGUCACCACCCCCUUUCAAAAUGUUCACCUUUUGUUGCCUUACAGCCUGAAAUGAAAACACAUAAAAUCAGACUUUUUCCGGCUUUAUUUACACACAGUAGUAACCCACAAUAUCCAAGUGAAAAAAAAUUAUCUAAAAAACUCUGAAAAUUAAUUUAAAGUAAAACAGUAAAAUACCCUAUUUGGAUAAGUGCACACCCCCCUGAGUUAAUACUUGGUGGAACCACCUUUUGCUUGAAUUACAGCCAUGAGUCUCUUUGAAUACGUCUUUACUAACUUUGCACAUGUAGUCUGUGCAAUAUUUGCACAUUCUUCCUUGCAGAAUUGUUCAAGCUCAGUCAAAUUGCAUGGUGACCGCUCAUGGACUGCACUCUUCAAGUCAUUCCACAGAUUCGAUGGGAUUUAGGUCGGGGCUCUGACUAGGCCACUCAAGGACAUUCACCUUCUUGUCCUUCAGCCACUGUACGGUUGCUUUGGCGGUGUGCUUUGGGUCAUUGUCAUGUUGAAACGUGAACCAUCUUCCCAUUUUCAACUUCCUGGCAGAGGGCUGCAGGUUCUCCUCAAGAAUCUGUUGGUAUUUUGCAUUGUCCAUUUUCCCUUCUAUCCUGACAAGUGCUCCAGGCCCUGCUGAAAAGAAACACCCCCACAACAGGAUGCUGCCACCACCGUGCUUUACUGUAGGCAUGGUGUUCUUCGGGUGGAAAGAUGUAAUGGGUUUUCGCCAGACAUAUCGUUUUGCGUUCAGGCCAAAAAGUUAAAUUUUGGUCUCAUCUGACCACAGCACCUUUUGCCACUUGGCCUCGGAAUCUACAAUGUGCUUUUUGGCAAAGCUCAAACGAGACUUGAUGUGGCUUUUUUUGAGGAGUGGUUUUUUUCUUGCCACCCUCCCAUAGAGGCCAGAUUUGUGGAGCGCUUGUGAUAUUGUGGUCACAUACACACAUUGACCAGUCUUUGCCAUAAAGGCCUGAAGCUCCUUCAAUGUCGCCAUUGGCUUCUUGGUAGCCUCUCUGAUCAGUCUCCUCCUUGCCCGGUCAUCCAGUUUGGAGGGACGGCCUGAUCUAUGCAGGGUCUGGGUGGGGCCAUACGCCUUCCACUUCUUAAUAAUGGUCUUAACUGUGAUCCGAGGGAUAGGCAAAGCCUUUGAAAUAUUUGUAUAUCCAUCCCCUUUAUCUCGUAGAUCAUUUGAAAGUACCUUUCCGUCCAUAGUGGAUUCUUUGCAUUGAAUUGCACUACUAAGCAGUGGAGUCCUCUAUGAACAACUGCUUUUAUUCGGAACUAAUCAAAGUCACUACAAUUUAUCACAGAUGGAAGCCAAUUAGCUUGAUUUGUGAUCUGGAAGGGUGACUGGUUAUACCUCAGCAAGUUUGCAAUUGCAAUUCUAAGUAAAUAAAGCCGGAAAAAGUCUAAUUUGAUGUGUUUUCAUUUCAGGCUGUAAGGCAACAAAAGGUGAACACUUUGAAAGGGGGUGGUGACUUUCUAUACCCACUGUAUGAGUGUGUCUGGAUGGUGAGAGUUGAGUCUGCAGGCCCUCCUUGGAUUUAGCCUCUUCCUCAGUCAUUCGUCUUUCUAGAUUAAGCCCAAACAUCAAGUCACUGUUCUCUGAGGCUGUAUGUAUGUAUGUGUGUGUGUGUGUGUGUGAGUCUAGUUAAUUGUAUAUGGGCCUACAAACUUUGUGUGUUUGUGUGCGAGUCUGCUAUCGCUCACUGCAUGGGGCCUUGUUCAUCAUUAAUCCCAGAUGAUUUGAGGAAAUGUUGUUUUCCACACACACACACACACACACAUAUACGCACACACACACACACACACACACACACACACACACACACACACACACACACACACACUCACACUCACACUCACACUCACACUCACACUCACACUCACACUCACACACACACACACACACACACACACACACACACACACACACACAAAACCUGUUUGUUGGCCAUUGAUCUAUAAAAUGGACUCACAGCUAAAACGUUCCUCACAUGGUUCACAGCCCCUCUGACGAAUGAAAUGGCCUUGCCUCAUCUCUCAGGACUUCCUCAUAAUAAUCACGUCUCCCUCUCUCACAUCUCCGUCCAUGUGUACAGAUGUUGUUCCUGCCCCGCAGAACCUGAAGUUGUCCGAGGUGACCCAGACCUCAUUCAGGGCCACAUGGGAACACGGGGCCCCAGACGUGGCCCUCUACCGAAUCGGCUGGACCAAGAAGGGAGAGAACAACUUCCAAUAUGUAUGUUGAUCUACUCCAGCCGAUGGUGAUUGGUGAUUCUGGUCUAUUUACUGCUAUAGAGUGGACUGGGACCGUUUAUGCUCUCUAUCUCUCCCUCUCUCCCUCUCUCUCUGUCUCCCUCUCUCUGUCUCCCUCUCUCCCUCUCUAUCUCUCCCUCUCUCUCUGUCUCCCUCUCUCUGUCUCCCUCUCUAUCUCUCCCUCUCUUUCCGUCUCCCUCUCUCUUCGUCUUGUUCUGCCCACCACUCUCUCUCUUUCGCUGUCCCCCUCUACCUGUUCCCCCGCUCUCUCUCCAUCCAUCUCUCCAGGCUAUCCUGAACAGUGAUGAAACGUCACAUAAUCUGGAGAACCUGGACCCGGACACCCUGUAUGAUGUCACCGUCACGGCCAUCUACCCAGACGAGUCAGAGAGCGAGGACCUGAUUGGCAGCCAGCGCACAUGUAGGUUCACCCUUCUGUUCUUCUCCUCUCUCAUCCUCCUAUCAAUUACAUUCAUGUUUUAAAUUUAGACCACAGAUGUGGUCCACAGCGUAUUGAAAUAACCUUGUUCUUCCCCUGUUGUUCUCUUAACGUUUUCUUUUUCCAGUGUUAAAGAUGACUACACCUGGUAUGUUAUUUGAAACGUAGAAGGACAUUGUUGUUGUAAUGUUCAUGAUUAUGAUUAUAAUGGUAAUGCGAACAAUAAUUAAAGUGUUGUUGAUGGAAAACACACUUUUAUAAAAUAAAUCUGCAUGUGCAUUGCUGUGCCUUGAAAGAGCAGCAAAUGCAAACGUGUGACUACUGACCCGGCAGCGGCCGAACGUUCCACCACAGACACCUUAUUGUCAACCAUUUGUCAUAAUAUCAUUUCUCAUGUCAUUUAAUUAAUGUCAUUUUUCAUGUCAUAACAUUGUCGUUCCUCGUGUCGUUAAUGUCAAUCCUCAUCAUGUCACAAUGUCAUUCCUCAUCAAUAUCCCCAUCAUUGGAAAUGCAUGUGCCAUAUAGUACAGUAACCUUACUGGCUGCUUCACUCUCCAUCGUGUCGUUUAAAUGUACUUCAUCACUAAAUCAUGUGUUCUCGUCACCAAAUCACGUGUUCUCAUCAUCUCACCCCCUAUCCUCAUCAUCAUUGCUUCAUCCAGCCUCCUGAACCCCAUGUGAUCAUGGAGGAUUGGUAAAGGCUGUCUAAUGUGCCCUGCAGCCAUUUUAUAUAAACCACCACUGUCUUGGGUCAGUGUAUUGAUUGUAAUGUGUUCCUAGCUCCCACUGGACCUCCGCAGAACUUGCAGGUGUUCAAUGCGACCACGGUCACUCUGACAGUGAAGUGGGACCAUGCCCCAGGCCCCGUCCAGAACUACAAGAUCUAUUUCCAACCUGUGGCUGGAGGCAAAGCUCUCUCCGUAAGUACAACACACACCCUCCAGUAG